AUGGCGGACCACAUUGGACUCCACCUCAUUUUUUUUUAUCCCUUUUUCCUUUCGGACCCUCAUUUCUGUGUGAUAUGGACCCUCCGCUGCUAUAUGGAGGCUACCGCAAAGUUGCUGUCUCCUUUAUCUCGCCUUGUUUCAGUCACGACUCUGGCCAGAUUCAUUUGUUGCUUUUCUCUCUCUGGCGGGUAUAGAUCCAACAUUAAGGGCGCAUUUGGUGCGCGGAGCGGAUAGGACUUGUUAAUCUACAUUCCAGACAUUCUAUUUUCAUCCCGCUGCAAACCCUACUUUUUCUCUCUUAUCUCAGAGGACAUAUGCUUCAUGCAGCCCAUUCAGUAAAUUAAAACGGUUUAUACUCUCUUUCAGCAUAAUUGGACACCGCAGAUGAUCGACAGUCCAGUUCAUGGGAUAUUUGUCCUGACUCCUGAUGUUCGUUGUUUGGAUUUAAAGCACAUUGUACGUCUACAGUUAAAGUGGAUUCAUGGACUUUUGAUGUCGCAGUUGAAGAGGAAGUGCUUCAAUUAUACACGCCUCUUAUAUACAUUGCUUGUGUUUGAGUGCUUUGCAGUUUUCAUUACUUUUCUUUGCUGCUAUAUGGAGUUGGUAAAGAAAGAUUAAGCAAAAUAUUAGCCUCCUGUCAUUAUUAAAAUUAAGAUAAUUAGUACACUAAAGCUUCAAUCUUCAAUCUUCAAAUUAUCUUCAAUUUUGAACCAACAUAUGUGUGACGGUAGUCACCAUCACUGGGGACAGAAAAUUGAUACUUUAUGUAGGUCCCCAGAUUACUCUCAUGAUUUAGUAACUCUGUGCUCAUUAUAGGUACAGGGAGUGUAUAAUCUGUUUGUUGUUAGUUAUUUUCUUCCCCACUCUCUUGUCUUAUUGUUUUCCAGGCAUGAUGUUGUCCUAUUUUUUUCAGGGGACUCUUCCAGAGCAGUUUAAAUUUGCUGCCCUCUGUGACUGAUCCUGUCCUGAACCCAUGAUUUCUCUUACUUGGGUGGGAAUGAGACUUCAUUGUUUCAGGUUGUUAGAAUUACAGGGAGUACAGAAUUAUUAGGCAAGUUGUAUUUUUGAGGAUUAAUUUUAUUAUUGAACAACAACCAUGUUCUCAAUGAACCCAAAAAACUCAUUAAUAUCAAAGCUGAAUAUUUUUGGAAGUAGUUUUUAGUUUGUUUUUAGUUAUAGCUAUGUUAGGGGGAUAUCUGUGUGUGCAGGUGACUAUUACUGUGCAUAAUUAUUAGGCAACUUAACAAAAAACAAAUAUAUACCCAUUUCAAUUAUUUAUUAUUACCAGUGAAACCAAUAUAACAUCUCAACAUUCACAAAUAUACAUUUCUGACAUUCAAAAACAAAACAAAAACAAAUCAGUGACCAAUAUAGCCACCUUUCUUUGCAAGGACACUCAAAAGCCUGCCAUCCAUGGAUUCUGUCAGUGUUUUGAUCUGUUCACCAUCAACAUUGCGUGCAGCAGCAACCACAGCCUCCCAGACACUGUUCAGAGAGGUGUACUGUUUUCCCUCCUUGUAAAUCUCACAUUUGAUGAUGGACCACAGGUUCUCAAUGGGGUUCAGAUCAGGUGAACAAGGAGGCCAUGUCAUUAGAUUUUCUUCUUUUAUACCCUUUCUUGCCAGCCACGCUGUGGAGUACUUGGACGCGUGUGAUGGAGCAUUGUCCUGCAUGAAAAUCAUGUUUUUCUUGAAGGAUGCAGACUUCUUCCUGUACCACUGCUUGAAGAAGGUGUCUUCCAGGAACUGGCAGUAGGACUGGGAGUUGAGCUUGACUCCAUCCUCAACCCUAAAAGGCCCCACAAGCUCAUCUUUGAUGAUACCAGCCCAAACCAGUACUCCACCUCCACCUUGCUGGCGUCUGAGUCGGACUGGAGCUCUCUGCCCUUUACCAAUCCAGCCACGGGCCCAUCCAUCUGGCCCAUCAAGACUCACUCUCAUUUCACCAGUCCAUAAAACCUUAGAAAAAUCAGUCUUGAGAUAUUUCUUGGCCCAGUCUUGACGUUUCAGCUUGUGUGUCUUGUUCAGUGGUGGUCGUCUUUCAGCCUUUCUUACCUUGGCCAUGUCUCUGAGUAUUGCACACCUUGUGCUUUUGGGCACUCCAGUGAUGUUGCAGUUCUGAAAUAUGGCCAAACUGGUGGCAAGUGGCAUCGUGGCAGCUGCACGCUUGACUUUUCUCAGUUCACGGGCAGUUAUUUUGCGCCUUGGUUUUUCCACACGCUUCUUGCGACCCUGUUGACUAUUUUGAAUGAAACGCUUGAUUGUUCGAUGAUCACGCUUCAGAAGCUUUGCAAUUUUAAGAGUGCUGCAUCCCUCUGCAAGAUAUCUCACUAUUUUUGACUUUUCUGAGCCUGACAAGUCCUUCUUUUGACCCAUUUUGCCAAAGGAAAGGAAGUUGCCUAAUAAUUAUGCACACCUGAUAUAGGGUGUUGAUGUCAUUAGACCACACCCCUUCUCAUUACAGAGAUGCACAUCACCUAAUAUGCUUAAUUGGUAGUAGGCUUUCGAGCCUAUACAGCUUGGAGUAAGACAACAUGCAUAAAGAGGAUGAUGUGGUCAAAAUACUAAUUUGCCUAAUAAUUCUGCACUCCCUGUAUAUGCACAAAAUAGAGCUGAGCUUUUGUUUGUUUUGGUGGGGCUUAGGGUUGUUUUCAGCAUGAAAAAAAGGAAUCAUGGAAAGAAGACUUUAUGGGGAAAUGUAUGUGCUGUUAAUUACCCUAUUCUAUGCAAAUAAACCCUCUGUGUGUAUAAAUAUCUUGGUGCAACUGGAAUAAAGGGAGUUCUUGUUCCCAGCACGUGUAUGGUCUAGUGCAGGGAUAGGCAACCUUCGGCAAUCCAGAUGUUUUGGACUACAUCCCCCAUUAUGCUCAUACACCCAUAAUGCUGGCAAAGCAUCAUGGGGGGUGCAGUCCAAAACAUCUGGAGUGCCAAAAGUUGCCUGUUUUAGUGUCUGUGGGGAGCUAUAAUCACUGAAGUGAUUUUUCCUGAAAAAGGAAGACUACAACGGAGGUACUCAGUACACAAUUGAAGGACCACUCUAGGCACCCAGUCCACUUCAACUUAAUGAAGUGGUCUGGGUGCCUGGUCCAGCUAGGGUUAACCCAUUUUUUCAUAAACAUAGCAGUUUCAGAGAAACUGCUAUGUUUAUGAAUGGGUUAAGCCUUCCCCUAUUUCCUCAGGGCACUAUAGUGCCAGGAAAACGAGUGUUUUCCUGGCACUAUAGUGGUCCUUUAACAGUUUAUUAAAAAACCUUUACUAAAUCCCAGCAAAUAAUUCCCUUGCCUCCCAAGUGUUGAAUUUUAAGGGUCAGUCCCUAUUUUGCGCCCAAAUUCCUCUGUCCCACUUUUCUAUCCAAACGUUCUUCUUUUCUAGGAGCUCCAUAUUGUUAGUGUGUCUGAGCCUAGAACAGAGCUCCGCAGCAAUAAUACUCCCCCUGUGUAAGGCUGAGCUCCGUGGCAAUAAUACCCCCUCUGUGUCCUGUACACUGCCUUAUACAGGGGUAAGGGAAUCCCACCGCGAGUUGUUCCACCUGUUAUCACAUGUUACAGAGUUUGACUGAAACAGCUUCAGGGCAAACUGCCCACAUCUAACAUGGCGGCUCCCAUUCGGCUCACCCGCAGUCAGGCUUCAGUCUCCGGCGCUUUCAUUUGACGUGUUCGGCACUCUCCCACCCCUCCCUUGCCCAAAAUUCGACUUGCAUGCCGGGAGCUGUCAGCCGGGCAGUGAGCGGUGCCCCUCGGAGCAGGUGAGAUUUGCACUGUUUGCCGGGGGCAGUGGAUGACACCGUGUAGUGAUGUCACAGAGGAGUGACGUCAUAGUGCUGUCGGUGACGGAAUACACUGUCAGAUGGUAGCUUUAUGGACAAACUCCUGGAGAGAGGCCUGCCCACAGAUAGUACAGGCAUCUAGCUCCCAUUAAACAGGGGACAUUAAUAUCCUUCAAAUAACAAGAUGGGGGGGGGAUCAUUAUUUAACCCGUACAAUGAUAAAUGAGAGAUGUGUUUUGUAUUAUUCACACAAAGCUUCAUCAUCACCUUAAUCAUAAUAAUAAUAAUAAUUAAUUCUCAUGGAGAUGCGACCUAACCUCUGUAUGUGGGGGUCUUUGUGUUUAGAGAAUGAAUGGGCCCACAAAGAGGAUAAGGAGAAUGGAAGGUGGCAGGUAUUGUCUGUGUAACCCAGGAACAGAUGGAAUGUUCUGGUGAUGCCAAUAAGAGCUUUUUAUUGAGCUUAGUAAAACAAAAUAGUCAGGAAUUCCAAAUGUAAAUGUAUGGCUGCAAUUAGGAUGCCAGUAGUGAGAGAUAAGUGUAACUGGCCCUUGUUUAUUGCAGCUAACAUUAGGCAGUAGAGAGCAUAAGCAGUUCUAGAUAAAAUGAGAAAUUUACAGCACUAUAGUGGGCUAAAAAUCAGGUAUCUUACCUUUUUAAGAUGCUCUUUUGCCUUGCUUGGUCUGUAAAAAUGCAUGUGAUGAAAUCAAACAAUGGAGACAUAAUUCUCAGUGGUCAGGAACUUUGUCAAAGGGCACACACACACAAGGUUAUUGGUACCUUAUUCAGACAAUGUUAUUGUGACAUGCAAGGACAAACAUGAAAAUCCAUGUAAAAUAGUGUUGAAAAUGGUGUGCUUAAAAAUUACACUUGUGCAAUUAAACUGAAUUCAUAAGUGCUCAAUUUCAAUAGUAAUGUAAGCAUGUAGAUUACUUGGUGAUUAUCAUUCCAUAUCUCCAUUGCCCACGUUUAAAGUUCGGGGACAGUUAAUAUUUAUUGGAAUUUACUGGCUUUCAUGUACUGGAUUUAGCUUAUUGACUGUUCAGUACCUAUGCCUCUUCCUUCCUCCAGGCCACCACUGUAUCAUUAAAGUUUUCUGACAGCUGGUCAUAGGCUAAGGGUGUCAACUAAUUCUUUCAACCUAUCACUGGCCAGCAAAGCAAACUUUCCAAGACUGUAUGGUGGCCAUAGAAAGCACAGGGAAAACUGAGCUGUUUGGUGACGGGGUACCAACUUCGGAGUUAAAACGCUUGAAGGCAAGAUUAAGUUGUUAUGGGGUGCAAGAGUUCUUUAAAGGAACACUAUAGCGUUAGGAAUACAAACUUUUAGUUAUAUUCCUUUUUAGAUUAGAGCCCCCCCGAGUUUAAUAAAAAGAACGAUGUAUAAUCACGAAAAUCCUAAUGCUUUCUUUCUGUAAUGAUUGACUCUAUGACAAAACUAUCAACUGAAUAAACACAUAAUGUUUUUAAAAAAAUAAAUAAAUAAAAAGAAUGGAAAUAAAGGGAUUUACUUAUCUGGUCUGCUGACCCUUCUCACGCUUCUUGUCCAAUCAAAUUAUACCCAUAGAAUCCUUAUGGACGAAAAACUAAUGCAUGUCAUGAGCCAUGAGAAUUUUUUUUGUUAAGAACUCCAAGCACAAUAACCACUAUAGCUUCUUACCCCCAGGUAAGAAGUCAAACCAUUGGCAACGGUUUGACUACUUACAUUAGAGGGUAGCUCAAAGGCUGUAGUAUUUAUUAUGCUUAGAUUUUUUCCUUUAAGCAGGUACAAUGUUAUGUUUGUAAGCUUAGAUCUUCUUUGCCGAUAACACUUCCCAGUCAUACGACCAAGUAAUAUUCAAGUAACAUGGUAAAAUGUCAUGUGACACAAUGCUUAGUGUAAUAUGCUUUUAGGACAGUCAUAAAACUUUUGCCUGUGAGUCAGACACAUGUGACUUGGGUGCAGCUUUAAGAAUCUCCAGAAAGGUAUAUUCCAUGUUUCUCUCUGGAAUUUGCAUUUUAAGGUGGAUGGGAAUGUUCUAUUAAAUAUGUAAUAAACACAUUUUGAGCAAAUUUUUAUUAGACGUAAAGCAACACUUCAAGCACUAUAGCCAUUACAGCGCACCACAAUGUAAUUGGUCAAACCGGUUUAUAAUGAUUUAUCUUAUUACCUGGGAUCCACCGGACACUACUCCCCACCUCUGACUUUAGAGCAGGGGUGUCCAAACUUUUUUCAAAGAGGGCCAGAUUUGAUUAAGUGAACAUGCGUGAGGGCCAAACAUUUUGCCUGACAUUCUUUGAACCAUUAAAAUUAAAUGCAAAUUAACUAUUUUAUGCAAAGUUUAUUGCAAGCGGCAUACUUUUAAUUUCAUCUUUUAUUCUGUCCCUUCUCUCUUUUAUCCUGUCCCUUCUCUCUUUUAUCCUGUCCCUUCAUUCUCUGUCCCUUCAUUCUCUGUCCCUUCAUUCUCUGCCUCCAGGGAGAAGGAACCAAAUCUCGCGAUCUCUUGGCCCCCAGUGAAGCCCCAAGCACUGCUCAGGACCAGGGCGUUCAAAGAUCCAGGGAUCCUGAGGAGUGCUCGGGGAUGCACUGUGUGCCACAACAGAUAGAUUAGCCAAAUUACCUGUGGGGCCGUAUGAAAUCGGAAUGUGGGCCGGACUUUGGACAUGACUGCUUUAGAGAGUCAGACGCUCUCAGUCUGAGUUUAGCCUUGCUGUACAAGGCUGAACUCAUUGGCUGAGAGUGAUCAGGUGGUGAUGUCAAUGAGUCAGCCCUGCACUGCAGGGUUUAGUUCUGGAGUACCAACUUGAGCUUCUGGUUCUCUGAAGACCCUAGUGGAGGAUUGGAUCGCUACCCAGCGGACCCCGAUUUAAGAAGCCAGGAGUGCACACUCUAGUGGUUAUGGUGUUUGUAAUAUUCCUUUCAAUAAAAUUUAGCAUUAACCUACCAGAGCCCAGUUAAUCUUUAAUUUCACAAGUUGUUUAUAUAUUUUGAGGUGUUUUCUAGAUGGUAGGUCCUGUGAGGCACACAUGCUUAAGUUCCUUGACUUGCCUAUCAGAUGAUGGAAAAUAAGCAAAAUAAAUUUUUAAGGGUUAUUUCAAGCACCAUGACCACUUCAGUCAUUUGAGGUAUUGUUUUAAUGAAGCUUGGACUCUGUAUGUGCAGUAUUUUGCAAUGAAAAGCUGCACAUAUGAAGAUUAACACUCUGCUCCCGGAGCUGUAACUCCACCUCUCCACAACACUGUUAGCCAUGCAGGAUUAGGAGUUCCAUGUAACUUAUGUUCAUUCUAUGAAAAAUCAGCGUCUGAUGCAGCAUGCACAGCAUUCUAAUGUCAGACAGCCAAUGGUGGUACACUAGCUUACAACUGAGCUUUCUAGUUGCCUGAUUGACAACUUAAGGGGGUUGCCUCCCUGCAUUAAAGGGACUCUCCAGUUGUUUUCCUGGCACUGCAGGUCCCCUCUCUUUCCCACCCCCCAUCCCAAGUUGCUGAAGGGGUUAAAACCCUUUCCGUGAUUUACAUGUAUCCAGCGCCGAUGUCCCUUGGCGCUCGUUCAGGGUCCGCCCAUGCUUCUCCCCUGCCGACGUCAUCCGGCAGGGGAGACCGAUUGCGCAUGCGAGGCGGGGAGAGACCUAAUGUGCAUGCGUGGCAAUGCCGCGCACACACAUCAGACCUCCCCAUAGGUAAGCAUUUAAAAAUGCUUUCAAUGCUUUCCUAUGGGGAUUUCAGCGACUCUGGAGUCGCGUGAGGACGUCCAGCGACGCUAUAGCACCCUUAAUGUGUGCUAUAAACCCGGAAGUGCCCUCUAGUGGCUGUCUAAUAGACAGCCACUAGAGGAGGAGUUAACCCUGCAAAGUAAAUAUUGCAGUUUUGCAGUUGCAGGGUUAAGGGUAGUGGGAGUUGGCACCCAGACCACUCCAAUGGGCAGAAGUGGUCUGGGUGCCUGGAGUGUCCCUUUAAUAAUCCACACUCAUGAGUAAGUGUGCAUUCAAGGUUCACUUUGCAAUAAUGCAGCAUCUUAAUGGUGCUUUUUAAGUUAGAGUGACUAUUUCGGAAAACAAAUGUUAUAUUUACAUAAGCUUACAUUUGUCUAAAAGCACAUUUAUGCCUUUUCUAAGUGACUUGUACUGAUUUUUCUGUAGCUUUCCAUUUCAGACAUUGUGCUUCAAACUUGGCCAUAAUUUAGGCAGAUUUAUAGAUGCUAAACAGCUUCUGCUCUUACUUAGAAACUGUUUUAUUGAGAAUUUUAUGGGUUGACAGGAUAUAAUAUGAGCAGUUGGAAAUUGUGAAGGCACAGUAAAGGUAACAAUAUGAAUUCACCACAAAAGAAGGUAUGGAUGAAUGUAUGGAUAUGUGUGUGUAUAUAUACAUAUCUAACUACACACACACACACAUCAUUUUUGUACAAUUUAUUUAUUUUAAAUUUGGCUUCUGUUGUUAGAGGAACAUUCCAAACACCAUAACCCAUACAGCUUUCUGUAGUGGUUAUAAUGCCAGGAGUGAUGUGGAACCAUCUAGAGUAAUCUGUCAAAGCAUUUUGGCAUGGUUUAAUGCUUACCUGGGUCACAUGUUGCAUCCAGUCUUCUCCGGCUGGAGAUGCCAAAGUAUGUGUUCAUUUAUUGCCUUGGAGUGUCAGCUAAGCAUUCUCUUCCAGUGAAUAAGUAGAAAGAAUUCUUCAAUUGAACAAUAUUUACAUCUGGCUUCACCACUUCUGAGAAGACCAGAAGCCGCACGGGAGCAUGGAGAGAUCCAGGUAAGUGUGAAACUGUGCUAACAUGAUUAUACAGAUUACUAUGGUAUGGCUUCAUUUCUGGCACCAUUACCACUGCAGUGGGCUGUGGUUAUGAUGUUGCUCAUGGUGUUCCUUUAGCUUGUUAAAUAAUUGCAUUCAUUUUUUUCCCUCUCAUUAAUAAAUAUGGAGGGGCAAAGAGUAUGCCAUACAAUUAAUUUUUAUUGUUUUUUGUUUUUUUGAGGUUCCUGUAUGCCUGGGAAUUUACCACCUCCUUUUAUCAUUGAAGGCACAAUGAAAUCUUACAGUUGUGCUAAUUUUUAUUUUAUUAACUGGCCUUUUUGUGGAGAAUAUACAAUCACAAGCAGCCCUAACAAAACUACAUGUGUUUCUUCAUAGCCUGCAGAAGGAUACGAUUCCUGCUUGGUAGCAUCCGGUCACACUUGUUCUACUUACUGUCUCGUCUGUUACCAAGGUGAUAUAGUGAGCACUAAUCCUGCACAUGUUCGUUCCAGUAAUUAAGUGACAUUACUGGUCUGAUGAGUUUAGCCACUCCUUUCAUGGAACUUGCUCAUUGACCUGGUUUAAAAGAGAGGCAUAUUAUUGACUCUGAAUUUUGUAUUUUUAUUGAUCUUAUCAGAUGUACGUUACAUCUUUAUCACAAACAUGCCAUUAGUUGCAAAUUCCUAUUCCUUCAACAGAGAUGCAUGUGUGACAUUUUGUGUGCACCUAUUAUUUUAAAAUAAAAUUGUAAUGUAUCUUCAAUGUGAAACUAUUCUUAGUUUAGUUUGUGUUUUCAUAAGAACAAAUACAACUAUCCCAUUUUUAUAUAAAUGUAAACUGUUUAGCUUCUUUACUUCAAGAAAAUGUAAAAUUCAGUGGCAUCCUGAAUGGGGUAAGCAGGCAAUUUACCCUAGUUGAUGCAUGCUAUUUAACACCAACAAAACCUAAAAAAGCUGUGUUAACAGUACAUUCUCCAGCUAAUAGGCUCACUGACACCCCUAAACAUCAGUGUCAAACGUACAGUGGGGUGAUAUUUCCUGUCGCACGUCCAGGUGAUGUUAUUAAUUCAUGGUUGACUGGGCAUACUUAUAUGUACAUAAGUGCCCAUGUGCCUUUACACCAUCUGUUCACAUGGCACCAUAUGGUAAAAAUCAUUUGCAUUGCCUGCUCUAACUACCAAAACCAUUUGAAAUUCUAACUCACCACCUCAAAAAAAUGGUGGUAACCCCAAUACAGUAUCUAUAAAGUAAACAAACCCGUCAAUUGGAUGUAUAAAAUGUUACUUUUAUUAUGAAUUAUUUAAAAAUAAUGAAAUCUACAUUUUAGACAUCUCCAUUAACCUGUUUGCGUACUUUAAAGAUCUAAAUAAAGACAACAACCAUAUCAAUGCUGCCAGUGGACUUGCUGUUUAAGAUGACGUCUGAAACUUGACAAAAACAUCUCUGGAGACCCCACAUGGCAAUAAAGCUGCCUUUGCAAGUUAGAUUAGUCGUCGACAUAAGCGUAGCCUGUUUAGGGAAAAGUGAGGAAAGCGUUCCUCUUAUAUAAUGUGACUUUACCUAUGCAGAGAUAUCUUCAUGCAUCACAUUUAUUUUUCUGUUGCAGGCUCUGCUUUUGUCUUCCAUAUAUGCUGUGCAGACAGACAGUUUAGUAUGGUGGAUUUUACAGAUUCUGGUCAUCACAGGUGAUCUGCAUAUCCAUAUCUUUAGAGCAGUUUAAUGGUCACACAUUCCUCCUCCCACAGGUGAUGGUUUCUGCUGAGCACCGAGCUGGUCUCUAGUGGGACGUGGUGGGAGAAUGAACACAGAGGAAUUGGAACUACUGAGUGACUCCAAAUAUAGAAACUAUGUGGCAGCUGUCGAUAAAGCGUUAAAGAACUUUGAGUAUUCCAGCGAAUGGGCUGAUUUAAUAUCUGCACUUGGUAAACUAAACAAGGUAUGUAUGAGCAGUGCUAAUUGGAGAAGAUCCUGAACUCAAUGAAGAAACUAAGAUCCAUAGGGUGCCUUUUAUAUCCCUUGGCAAAAGGAAUGUAUCUCUGUGUCUGUGUUCAUCCUUCUUUCAGAAAUAUAGAGACUGUUACCUGCAUUACAUUAAUGUACACUGAGGAUAAUUAAUACAAUAUACUACAUAUCAGUAUGCCAUAUAAUAAAAUAUUGCCUAUUCAGUCUUUUCUCUUCGGUGACUUUAUAUAUUUUCAAUUUUUUUUAUUGUGUUAUCCUUUGCUACUUCUCUUUGAAGGUUUAUCCACAUGUCUAUGAAAUAUUUCUUGUAAAGUAGUAUUUCUCGUAUUCUAUUUCAGCCUUUCACACGCACGUGGCUAUUCACUAAAGUGAGAAUUCAAAGUGGAUUUCAAAUUUAAGGCCAAAGUAUCUGAACAUUUCCAUGGCGGCUAUUUUGGUCUUAAAUUUGAAUUCUCCCCUUACCAAUGAACAUCAAAUUAUGUCCUCAUAUUCAUUACCCUUUCUAUUAAUGUCCUAAUUUGUGGUUUUAUUUAAUUCUUUAAUGAGUCAACAUUGUUUCCAUUAUUGCUCAUUUCUCUGAGACCUUUUUUUUAAGCAAAGCCAUGUAGAAUUUUAGUGUGUCUUCUUUGGCUUCUAAUACAUGUUUGGUCUUUAUGAUGUCUUGGUUUUCAUAACUGGUGCAGAACUGACUCAAUCAUGGUGGGAACCAAUGGAAUGUCUCUGAUUAUUCUCUUCGUUUGAUGCCCCACUUCUAUGAUAGCAACAGUCCUUUGCAAAUCUCUCCCAUCAUUUUAAAAGCGGUCUCAUCGGGGAUAUUGAAGAAUAUAAUUUAGUAUAUGUUCUGCUACUAUAUGGUGCUUUCAGUACUACCAGUGUUUAUCUGCUUUUCUAUAUUGAUUGUUCUAACAACAGUAAUCUGCAAUUACUCUUAAGUCUUCUGAUUAUGUUAUCCACUGCCUUUAGUUUGUGUAGCAAGUUAUGUGUGUAAAUAUGAUGGUUUAUUAAACCCAUUAAGACCAAAAACAUAUCAGAACCUUUAUUAAAACAAUGGUUUUGUAUAUCCUUGGCAAGCUUACAUUAGAAUCGGGAAACUACAACACAACAGUUGUACAUGUCCUGUCCAUUUUGACAAUAUAUCAUAGGAAUAUAAUGGAAUCCGUUUCAAAUUUGACUCUCUUUUUUUCUCAGGUAUUACAAAACAAUGCAAAGUAUCAAGUUGUUCCCAAAAAGUUAACCAUAGGUAAAAGAUUGGCACAAUGCCUUCACCCAGCAUUACCCGGUGGAGUUCACAGGAAAGCACUGGAAACUUACGAAAUAAUUUUCAAAAUUAUUGGACCAAAGCGCCUGGCCAAAGACCUGUUCCUGUACAGGUAAUUAAAACAACAGUCAACCUACUUUUUUUUUCCUCCUUGUUUUUUUAAUGUAUGAAACUGUAAUUUUAUGAUUCAUGUUCACCAUUUUCCUUAUAUGGCAUAUUGUUUCCAUUUUCUUUAAUGUUGCUGCGAUCACUAACUAUCGUUACAGAAAGUGUAAUGUUAUCUAAGAGUCCAUAAGAUCAGCUGUCAUCAGUCCCUUUAUUUAUACAUCAUACUUUAUUAUAGGAGGUUAAGAUCCCGACCAGAUAGCUGAGAAUUCAUUGCAUUGCAUUGCAUGAGAUAACUCAUGUUGAGGUUUGCUUCAUUUACUGUUCAUUCCUUUGCAUUAGUCAAAUCUACAGUUAUUUACUAAACUGUGGACUAUAAUCUAAAUUGCAGCAUUUUUGUUAAAAUAGCCAAGCUGUAACUAUGGCAGAGUAUAUGUCUAAAUUGAAAGAAAUACCCAUUACUAGUUGACUGGCUAAUAUGCCCAUUAAGACAUCUUUUUCCGAUACCCUACAUGAAAUCUUACUGGCAACAGUCCUUACUAAUCAUACUUAGGGGCCUCCUGAAAACUAGGAAAGCAUGUAGUGCCAUAAGAUUAAAGGAGCACUAUAGUGCAAGGAAAACAAACUUGUUUACCAGGCACUAUGGGUUUAUUGGGUCCACCCCACCCUCAGGGCCCCCCUCCUGCCGGGCUGAAUGGGUUAAAACCCCUUCAGCCACUUACCUUUCUCCAGCGCCCGGCUCCCACUGUGCUGGGGAACUCUCCACCCCCUGCCGACAUCAGAUCCGAAUGUGCAUGCGCUGCAAGAGCCGCUCGCGUAUUCAAAUAGCCAAUAAGAAAGCAUUACUGAAUGCUUUCCUAUGGACGUCCAGCGUCUGCUCACUCUAAAUGCCGUGUUUAUUUUAUGAUUAAAAUAUUCUCAAUCUUUUCCUCCAGCUCUGGCCUUUUUCCUCUACUUACAAACGCUGCUAUGUCUGUAAAACCAGCAUUACUUAGUCUGUAUGAGACCUAUUACCUACCUCUAGGUAAGACCUUAAAACCAGGACUGCAAGGAUUGCUUACCGGCAUUCUCCCUGGCUUGGAGGAGGGCUCAGAAUAUUACGACAGGUGGGUGAAAUUUAACAUCCUUUCAAUUAAUAUAUAUUGCUUUAUUUACCUGUUUUGAAAAUAAUUCCUGGGUGUAAUGUCUGCUCUGCCAUAGUUCCUGUCAUUUAUACAUCUCUAUGCAGAAUAUACCAAAACAUUUUAGUGUAGACUACAAAUUAUUUUAUGAUUAAUAGAGUUUCCUGUCCCCACACAUUGCUCCCAUUCCGAAUUCACUGCAUUGCACUCGUUGCAAAAAUGCUUUUCCGAAAUUACUACAAACGGUAUAUUGUUGCUUUAGUUCUGCAGUUGGGCUACAUGCUUGUUUUUUACACAUAUAUAUUAACGAGUGCUACAUGCAUUAUACGUUUGGUUCUUAUUAUAGUCAGAGUACAGCUGUACGGACAUACUGUGCAUUCUUAAUACGCUUACCUAGAUUUCUGAAAUGCUUUAUGUUUAAAGAGUGUAUCAUCUUUUUUUUUUUCACUUUACAAAAAGUGCUGAUUUCACUAUAUGCUCCCAGACCACUUCAUCUUAUUGAAGUGGUCUGGGUGCAGUGUCCCUGUCCCAUUAACAGAUUGUGCGACACCGUGGGAUUCUCAAUAGAAAGAGCCAAUUCCUUGCAGCCAUCACUGGUGACGGCUAAAGAGGGUUGGCACUUCGUGACUGGGUUUGAAUUUUAGUGAAAUUCCAACAUAGUCAAUAUAAGUAUUUCAGAAAGAUUCUAUCUUUAUGAAAUACUCAUUUUGCAGGGGAGGUGGUGGUGAGAGUGCCACUUUAAAAAGCAAUCUUGCCUUGAUUUUCAAGAGGCAUACAUCUAUGCAGGCUUUCUGUUCAAGGAUGUAGUUUUCAAAAACAUUUUACAGGUAUUUGAUCAGGGGCUGUAUCUUGUAUAGCCUGUCAUACAAUGGGUAAUUUCUAGGGCUGCAGUGGACACUGUUGUUUGUAAAUUGAAGGAAAAUUAUAAGUUACUUAUAUAUAUUCCUCUCCAAAAUUCUAGAAAAUGACUCUCACAUGAUAUAGUUUGAGCUCAAUUAAAGUGCCAUUUUUUUUUAACAAUUUUCUUUUCUUUAAGAGGUGCUCAUUUUUAUUUUUUCAGUUUUUAAAUGUACACUGUAUUUUAUACUUUGUAUUUUUUAAAUUUUUUUUUUUUUUUUUUAUAUCAAGUGUCCUAAUGUUAUAUAAAAUUAACUAUACUAAGCAAAACAUUUGUAUAUCUCUGCAAAGUAACAAUAUUAUUCCCAGUCUAAAUCCUAAACUAAAUACCAAUUCUAAACCAAAUCCUAAUCCCAAAUUUAAUAAUAAACCUAAUCCUAACCCUAAUUUAACCUUAAUCCUAAUCUCGGUCCUAACCCUACAAAUAGUAUUAGAAGGAUUCGCUUUGUUGAUGUCAGCAGAGCAAUUCUCUUGCUGAGUUCAAAUGAUUUCCAAACACUAAUCUAAAGCCUAUAAUGAAAAGAAGAGAAACACUGCCCUAAAUAUAUUACAUUUAAAACGUAACUUUUAUUUAGAAAGGUCUAUAAAAUAAAAGUGAAAUAUACAAAGAAAGUGAAAAUAAAUAAAUAAAUAAAUAUUGGUUAUAAAAACCUCAGUCUCCCACAAAAAGAUUUGUAGGAAAAUAUACAGACAAAUGAUCGUGCUUACUGGCACAAAGUCUCAGUUAGCAUGAAAUGUAUUAUAACUAUGUAGUUAUAAUUGGAAGUUUAACUAGAAAAUGUCAGCUGGAUACACAUUAGUGUUGCAAAAUGUGAUGAUGUAUCAAUUCGUUUUGUCUCGAUCACUUGCUGAAUUUAGUAUAAACGGACAUAAGUUUAAAUUGCUUUGCUCGAUCUGAAUAUUGGUUUAUCUAUAAUCGAUUAUUAAGUCUGAGCCUUAGUCCGUCCAAAUUUGAACGUUUAUACAGGAGAUAUAAAAUGAAACAAAGUCGUAGAAUAAGUCUAAAUUACUUUGCUCGGUCUAAAUAUUAGUUUAUCUGCAAUCGAUUAUUAGGUCUGAGCCUUAGUCCGUUUAAUUUUAAACGUUUAUACAGGAGAUAUAAAAAAUAAUAAAUAAUGAAACGAGUCCGUAGAAAAUCCUUAUCAGUCUGACUCGCUCAUAUUCAUUCAGGAGAUCUAGAAUAAAAAAGGUCUAUGAAAAGAUCCUGGUCAGUCUGGCUGGUUAGCUAACGUGUAUAAUUCGCUCAGUAUGAUUUGCACAAGAUACAGAAAGUAUAUUGUUACACAAGAUACAGAAAGUUAAAUGUUAUUGCUCUGUAUAGUGAAACAAAUCUUAUUGUGCCUUUGAGAGCACCUGCUUCUGAAUAAAAAACUGUGCUGUUAGUCAGACUGCAAGUAGAUAGCUAGUAGAUGCCCUAAUAAAUGAAAGAAUUUAAGUCACGGCUAGAGCAGAUCUCUAUCACCCAAAGUAUUUAACAAAUCGUUCAGAUCACAACUAAAGGGAUAUGAUUUAUCUUUACUUGGUGUGAUGACAUAAAUAGGGGUGAUUAGAUAUUAUGCUAUAUGGAAAAGGGAGUCUUGCUGUGCCUUCGAGGGCACCUACCUCUAAAAUAAGAAAGCUGUGCUAGCUAACUACAAUAUACAGGUCAAAACUGAAUAUAACUUAAAUUAAAUUAAAUGUCUGGAUACACGUGGUAAGAGGCUAGACUUCACUUUUCUAAAUAAGGAAGCUGUGCUAGCUAACCGCAGUAUACAAGUCAGAACUGAAUAUGAAUUAACUGUCUUGAUACGCGUGGUGAGAUACUAAACUUCACUUUAACAUCCAUUGUGAAGGAUCUCAAUAUACCCUCAACCUCACAAUCUAUAAAUCAAAUUAAUUCAAAUGCUUUCGGUACGUCCCAACAAAAAUUAUACGAUCUAAUGUUGUAAGGUAAAGGCUGAGAUAGCAAAAGAUAGAAAUCUCCUACAACCCCGACGCGCGUUUCGCCGGUAAGGCGGCUUUUCAAAUCUAAUCUAAAGCCUAACCACAAUUUUAAAAUGAAUUCCAAACACAUCUUUAAUAUAAACCUUGUAAUAAACUGAAUACUAAAACCUAAUAUUCAAUCUAAACCUAAUAUUAACUCAUCUUAAUCCCUAAUUUAUUUAUAUUCCCAAUGGUUUCCUUAUGCUAAUAUCAGUACUGAUAUUAGUUAAGGAAGUUCUAAGAUACACCAGAGUGGUAUAUUGCUACCAUCUACUGGCUAUUUUAUGUAUGACAGCUUGAUAUCUUUUACAUUAAAUAUAAUAUGCCCAAUGCAUUGCAUCGGUGCUGGAUAACUGCUAAAGCCCAGCACUGAUCAAAAUGCCAUUGGGGCUUGGAGGGAGACACUCCAGGAUAUAUUCAGACCCUGGGUCUCCCAAGCUCCAGAUCCAGUAAGAGAAACACUGGCUGAGCUUCAUUGCUCAGCUGCAGUGUUCUCUAUGGAUUUAAAGGGCUAUAUGCAGCACUAACUUUGUAUGCAGCUCAUCAAAAAGUCUGGGGCCACUAAAAAUUGACUCAGAUGACAGAGGGGAGGCCCAGGUAUCAAUUGACACCUGGAAAUCCCCAGUGAAAGAGCUGCGUACAGCAUGCCUGUCCAUUUGGGUCCACUAAAAAUGAUGGAGAUUUAAACCUGUUCACACCACAUUAUAACAAUGGGGAUUUAAAUCCCCUUGUAAAUCCCUGAAUGCACCACUCCCUUUUAGCACUGCAAGGUCAGUCUGGGGCAACUAAAUCUGGCCCCAGCUGAUUGAGGAGACCCCCGGGUAUCAAAAGAUACCUUGGGUUCCUUGGUACCAGCAGAGACUUAACCCGUGUUGGUAUCUUUUCCUGCAUGACGGUUUGUCAUCAUUGGACAUUAUAGCCCUGCACUGCAUGAAAGCAUAGACCGUCAUGUAGUCCUCAAGUGAUUCACAUCGACGAGUCAUAGCUGACCUACACGAUAUUAGGCAGGUGGUUUUAAUGUUGCAACGGAUCACUGUAUACACAUACAUUCAGACACUGUCAUACAUAUACAUAGUCAUACAGAGACCCAUACAUACACACUCUGUGGCAACACCUACACGGUGUUAGGCAGGUGGUUUUAAUGUUGUGGCUGAUCAAUGUAUGUUCAUGAUAAAAUUGUCAAAAUGCUAUUGGUUAAAUAGCCUGGGAAUGUACUUUCUACAAAUAUAUAUGAUUGUGACUACUAUAAAAGUUGUAAUCUCACAUUUUGCAAAGGGUUUUUUUAGCUUUUUUUAGCUUUAAAACCAUAAUUCACUCCUUGCAAUGUUUGUUUAACUUCUAAAAAUGUAUUGAAAUCUUAAACAUGUCUUGAGUUAGUUUUCUUUAAUCACACUUGUAGAGUUUAUUACAAUUAAAAAAUCUUUUUUACAUUUUCUUCCAUUUUUGAAUAUUGUAUUCCUGUUAACUAUUGUGUUAUGUAUAUUUAUAUGGUAUCAAAAAAGCCCUAUUUCUCUUACUGAAAAGAUGUAUAAGUGUGUGUGCAGUUAAAGCGGCACUGUCAUGCCGGACUUACCUUUCUUUAACCCCUUAAGGACCAAACUUCUGGUAAUAAAGGGGAAUCAUGACAUGUCACACAUGUCGUGUCCUUAAGGGGUUAAUCGCUUCCUCUUCUCUCCCUCUGUCAGGAUCUGUUCUUCAUUUCUUCCUGUCUGUUCUAGUUUUCUUUAAAACAUAAGACAAAGCAGGAACUUCUUUGUCUUAUGGAGAUUUCGUACGCUUCACCAGCUUUGACCAGCUGAGGAACAAAGUGUGCUCCUUUUCCUGUGGUCAAAGCAAUUUUCCCACAAUUCUCACCUUUCCUCCAUGUUUUCACGAUUCCUCCUUUCCGUAUUCCCGAACGCCGGCAAAACUACAGAAGUUCGUCCAAACAGAAUGAGAGCAGUUCGGCCAUUCGUGCUUUCAUGUUUUUCAAUAAAUAACACCUAAUAAAUGUGUCCAUGGUGGGGCAUCUUUUAACUAGCCUGGGGGGAACAUAGUGUUCCACCCCGAGCUCCCACCCGUGCCAGGCGAGUGGGGGCUAUUCAAGUAAACCGGGGACUUAGGGUGGGGUCAGGGGGGAGGGAAGGACAAUAGGUCCCCCCCAUUUUCAUUUAGGGCCCCCACCCGCCGUUCAUGGAUGGUGGCCGGGGGAGGACAGGACAAUAGGCCCCCCACUUAUUGUAAUUUAGAGCCACCACCCGCCGCUCAGGGGUGGGAGAACAAUAGGUCCCCCCAUUUUCAUUUAGGGCCCCCACCCAUUGCUCAUGGGUGGGAGCAGGGGGUAGGACAAUAGCCCCCCCCCUUAUUGUAAUUUAAGGUACCCACCGCUCAGGGGCUUUCAAUCAACCAACCAUGAGCGGCGGGUGGGGGCCCUAAAUGAAAAUGGGGGGGGCCUAUUGACCUCCCCUCCGGCCCACACCCAUGGGCGACGGGUGGGGGCUUAAGUGUAAAUACCCCCACCCAGGUGACUAGGGGACCCCAAUCCCCUAGUCACCCCCCCCACCCAAAUACAUUUUAAUAAAAACCUACCCACCCCCCUCACCCUAAAAAUAGUGAGCGGGGAACGAGAAAACGAAAUCCCUGUAGAUAAAAAAUACUUACCAUUUGAUGUCUUCUUUUUUUCUAAAAUCUUCUUUUUUCAGCCCCAAAAAAGGGCAAAUAAAAAUCCAUAAUACCCGUAAAAUUUUAAAAAUAAAAUAAAAAACCAGAACGCAAAAAAAAAAUCCAACAAGAAGAAAAAACCCGACACUAAAAAAAUAAUCCAUCUUCACCCAGCGAGGGCACUGCGCAGUAGUAUAAAGCCUUUCCACACCCUGCAAUUAGGCUUAGAGCACUUUGGUUGGUUUGAAAUCCAACCAAUCAGAGUGCUCUGUGUCAUUUUACACAGCCUGGGAAAGGUCUUUGGAAUUUUCCCGUGCUGUGUAAUUUGACUCAUAACUCUCUGGUUGAUUGAAAGCCGUUUAGUAGACAUGCCCCUAAUCGCAGCAUAGUGAGUAGUGGCAUUCGGGAGAUUUUAAUCUCCGUUAUGCUAUUAUAGGGGUCAUAUUGAGCGAGGGAGGACAUGGGGGGCUUAGGAAGUGCCGGGGAGCACUGCUCCCUGCCACUUUUAUUUUAACAUAUUACAAGGAGGGAGCUGCGAGCCGGUAGCUUCCUCCUUGUAAUAAUCCGAACGAGCGAAGAGGUCUUCAUUCAUUCGUUUGAAAUUUCUAUUCAUUUAUUCGACAAAUUAAUGAAUAGAUGAAAUUCCCGUUCACAUGCCCAAGUGUUUAACCUGGCAUGCACGUGAAUUUACCAGCACUAUCUAGUGUGGGCAUAUGACGUGUCCCAAAGGGACUUCAUCUAUUCACACAAAGAUGGUGGCGCCCAGGACCCAGGUACGGACAAAAAAAAAAGUAAGAUGGGGGCUUAGGGGUAUUUGGGGGUGACUAGGGGGACAAUUAGAUGUAGUGGAGUCGGGAGGUGGGUUAAAAACAAACAAACUGGAUUCGGACAUGACUGUACUGCUUUAAACAGAGGGAAAUUGUAGUAGAAUGAACGCGUGGCAAUAGUGCCAAAAAGGAUUUGGUCACAAGUGUGCAUCUCAAAACAACCGUGUUUUUUUUUUUUGGGUUGAGAUGUCUGUCUUUUAUUAUGUUAUAGUUAGUAAGAAUUGUAUAAAAUUACUGUUUAACCUUUUAUUGGUUUAUUAUAUAAAAAUAGUUUUACUGGUAUAUUGUGUUUAGACUACAACUGCAGUAUUUGUUUGUUUUGUAAGAUUAAAAAUAUAACUUUCAUCAAGAAAACUGAAAUUCUUAAUUGUCUUUAGAAAUCUCUUUAUACUGAACACCCUAGCGCAACCCUAGCAUAUGCAUCGCUUUGAAUCAUAAACAUCAUAUUAAAAAUCUGAUGGUUCAACGCUUCAUUUGUCAACCUUGUAGAGAGGGAAUAUUAUUACUAUCCAUCUAGACAGGUUUGCUAAGUAUAAAGGAAUCCAAUAUUGUGUAUAUAUUCCUACAGCAAGUUCUUAGGUGUAUUUUAUAAUUCAGAGGAAGGUCCAACUUCAUGUUUCUUCAAAUAAGAUGAAAGGAAUUACAGAAAUAGUGUCCUCACUGCUAGCACUUCUCCGUAGUGAGCUUAUGAAUAUUGUAACGUUUCAGUCUAUACAAGAUAGACAAAUAAUCUGUAUAUGUUUAAUGUUAAAGUGAAUAAAAGGUUCCAAUAAACAUAUUUUUAAUUACUACAGAGGUAUAUUUGACCAUUCUGUUUAUAAGCUCCUUUCUCUUGUCAUACAGUGGCAGUACCACAGAAUAUUCACCUCCCUAGGGCUUGUAGCCAGGUUUCUGUUAAAUGUAAAAUGUUAACAUUGUUCUGUGUGCUGCCUUUUUUAAAUACCCUGCAUGCUCUAUUCAUUGUAGAACAAACACACUCCUGGAGAAGGUGGCAUCAGUAGUGGAACAGUCUGCUUUCUACAGUGCCCUUUGGGGCAGUCUCCUCACCAGCCCUGCCGUGCGUUUACCUGGUAUCACCUACGUGCUGGCACAUCUAAACAGGAAGCUUUCAAUGGAGGACCAGCUUUAUAUCAUUGGAAGUGACAUUGAAUUAAUGGUAAUAUGUCUUGCAUUCCUCGUAAUAGUGAAAGUCAACCACAAGCCAGUCAGUAUGUUACAUUUGCUGUCAUGCUUCCAUGUUUUUUAUCUUUUGGUAAAUUAAGCAACACAAGCACCAAACCUGAUAAUUAUUAGUUAGCAUAAAGUUUUACUUUAUAAAACUAAACUCUCUCUCUACAUGUAAGCAACUGUAUGACAAGAAUUGAAUUGUGGGGCUUCCAUGAUGUCAUUUGUCAUCUCCUUUCUUCCCAGUUUUCCCUUUUGGGAAUACUAGACAUGCUCCAUUUUGUCUGUCCUUAGCCAGUUUUCCAUGUUGCAUCUAGGCAGCAAAACAGAAAUAAAAUGACUCAUACAAAGUUUGUUUGGGACUUUUUAAUUCCAUUUUUUAAAUUUCUAAUUAGAAGCUUUUUGACAUCUGACAGUCACAGUGUAUACUAGGUGAGCUUUGUGAAGGGAUAUUUAGAUUAAUUUCCACUGUAAGCUUUUGAAUGAGACAUAUUUUGUCCCAGUCUGGUAGGCUACUUGAAAUUGCACAAGAUACUUACCACAUUCUCGUUCUAUUUAAUGGCUUCUUCCACAUGCCGUAAGAGUGUUGUUUUCCACUUGUGUGAGUAUCUGUGUUGGAUAUCUGAUCACUCUUUAUUUUGAAUCAAUAAUUGUUCUUACUCGUUUUUUUUUUGUUUUUGUUUUUUUUAGAAAAUAUAUUUAUGCAUUUGUGAUUUAGUGACCAUCAUACAAAAUAAACAAACAUUAACAAAACGUAUUAAUUUUGAAUGUUCUUUAUUGUUUGUAACUUGGUAUUAAAUCCAUAUAAAGCUUUUUGUUCAUGCCGUUUUCUGAAAUAGUACAUUUUAAGAGCUUUUAUUAAAAUGCUAUGGAACAAUAGCCAAUAUGUCGGCAUCCAUCAUUUUUGUCACCGUCAGGGCAGUAGGUAGCACUGACACAGAAUUGAAGACUGUGUUGGAUCUGUACACGUUCUUUCCUCUUGUCUCAGUGACAUUACUUUCCCCAAGCCCAAGGUUUUCUCAUAGAAGUGUAUGCAUGUUCAAUAUUGGGGACAGAGAACUGAUUGGAUUGAACAUUUCUAGGUUCACAUCAGUGUAUUCUGUAUUUUCCUCAAAGAGCACACUAAUUAGCAUCUAAACUAGGAGAAAUGCAUGCAAGACUUGUGUUGGUGUACAAGAUCAGCAACUUGCUUUAAUCAUUACAGCAGUUUUCAUGGAUCUUGCAGAGUCCAAGGUGCCAAAGAUACUCUUCUCAGCUUUGUACUUGUGUUGACAUAAUUUGAGCUAAUCACUAACUUUUUUGAGGUUUUCCCCUUUGUUCUCUUUUUAGUUCCCAUACCACACACUAUAUAAGUUCUGUGUGUGUGUUUGUUUUUGUUUUUUUGCUAAGCUAAUAAAUCAGGAAAUCAUUCACAUAGUGGAAAAAAAAACACUGAGGCUAAAUGGAAACUAUUCAAACAAAUAUUAGAAAGGUACAUUUCACAGUAUGUACCAUUGGGUAAUAAAUAUAAAAGAAACAAAUUGAAACCAAUGUGGCUUAGUAGAGAAGUAAAACAAGAGAUUAAAAAUAAGAAAAGGGCAUUUAAAGCAUUUAAAUCGGACAAAUCAGAGGCAUCCUAUAUAAGAUAUAAGGAAGCCAAUAAUACUUGCAAAAAUGCAAUUAAAGUGGCUAAACUAGAAAAUUCGAAAUUGAUAGCCAAAGAAUGCAAAACCAACCCCAAAUUAUUUUUUCCCAAGUACAUCAAUUCUAAAAAACAAAACAAAAAAUGAAAGUGUAGGUACACUAGAAACAGUGAUGGGUCUGUUAGCUAAUGAAGGCCAGGAAAAGGCAGAAAUUUUAAAUAACUAUUUUUCUUCAGUAUAUAUUAAUGAGGAUCCUAUGGCAAGAGAUAUGCAAAUGAUGCUGCAAAAAACUUGCAGAUAACUUGUGAUUGGAUGACUCAAGACCAGGUGCUUCAGCAAUUAAAGAAAAUUAAUGUAAAUAAAGCUCUGGGGCCUGACGGUAUUCACCCACGAGUACUUUAAAGGGCUAUUAAGGGAUAAUAUUCAGGAAUUCAUUGGGAAGAACUUUGUUAGCAAUAAUCAGCAUGGUUUUAUGAAGCAUAGGUCAUGUCAAACUAACCUAAUUGCAUUCUACGAAGAAGUAAGUAGAAGUUUAGAUCAGGGUGUUGCAGUGGAUGUGAUCUACUUGGAUUUUGCCAAGGCAUUUGAUACGGUUCCUCACAAUAGGUUAGUCUUCAAACUAAAAGAAAUUGGUCUAGAUGAAUAUUCUUGUUCUUGGGUAGAACAUUAGCUUAAGGAUAGAGUACAAUAAGUUGUCAUUAAUGGUAAAUUUUCAGGCUGGACAAAAGUGGUAAGUGGUGACCCUCAAGGUUCUGUUUUGGGACCACUUCUAUUUAACAUAUUUAUAAAUGAUCUUGCAAUAGGCAUUCAAAGCCAUGUAUCAGUGUUUGCAGAUGACACAAAACUUUGUAAAGUAAUAAAAUGUGAGCAGGAUAUUGCUUUGCUGCAGAGGGAUUUGGAUAGAUUGGGGGACUGGGCACUAGGUUUUUUGCGUUCUUUUGGAUCAACAGCAAAAACAUACUUGAGGAAGGCUGAACUUGAUGGACUCAAGUCUCUUUUCAGUUAUGUAACUAUGUAACCUGUUUUACCAAUAAACUAUGGAAGCUCAGGUUCCUCUUGGACCAACACAACUGCAUGAAUAAGCCUUCAGUUGACUUCUUAUUAAUUAUGAGGAAUCUGAUCUAUGAAUAUGAAGGAAUUGUCUAAGCUCUGCAAGGUUAAGAUAAGCAAACUGAGAAUUGAUUCCAAACAUUGUCAGAGCUGUGUUUAAUGAGCUUUGUUUAUUGUGGGUUUCAGGUGGAAGCUGUAAGCACGUCUGUCCAGGAUUCCAGCGUACUGGUACAGAGAAGUACACUAGACCUUAUCCUGUUCUGCUUCCCAUUCCACAUGAGUCAGGUAGCAAUCAUCAUGCUGUCAUAUACUAAACCCAUCAAUUUCCUGAAAACUCCCUUUAAGCAAACCCCACUUGACACUUAAUCUAAUUCACCUCAUUCUUCGUGACUAUUUACACACUUUUUUAAACAUUCACUGUUCCCUAUCAAUAUGUGGCGCAACAGCCCACACCCUAUAUUACUAUUAAAGUGGGGAAUCACUCCUAUCUUACACUCGUUGCCAGUGACGUGGGUUAUGAUGUCAUCUGUUUAGCUGUAUCUUUGCCAUGCAUUCACCAUGUUUUGCCACAGCACAUUUUUUUUCCAGUAUGUAGGUGAAGUGUAUAAAAUCUAGAGUUCAGCUUUAAAAUGGUUGACUGACAGCAAGUAAAAGUAGAUGUCAUUAUUUGUUUUACAAUUUCAAAAUUUGAUUACUGUAGUUCUGAAAUAAAGUAUAUUUCUGGUACGGGAGUCUCUCUGUACUACUGCAGCUAGUUCAAAGUAUUUGUCUGCUACUUACAUAAAACAUUUUUAUAAUUGGUGAAGGUUUUGUUUUGGUAAUAUUUUCUGUUUAUCACCCCACCAAGCUGAUUUUUCAUCACCCCUCAUGACUCAUCAUUUAAUAUUGGUGGUUAGUUAUUGUUUGAAAUUUCGUUGUUCUACCUUAUGACCUUUAUAAAGUGCAUUCAUUUUGCCACGUUUUAAUUGCAUUUGUGUUUGUAGGCAACUCGUCCUGACAUGAUCCGUAUUCUGUCAGCAGCGCUUCGCGUAGUAUUGCGCAGAGACAUGUCACUGAAUCGAAGGCUCUAUGCAUGGCUUCUGGGUAGGUUUCUGAAUUCGUAAAACAUUUACCAAAAUCUGUAUUUUAAAAGCAUACGUUUUAUUUUUAUCCAUGGAGUGAAAUGAUCUUCCUCUUUUGUAGCAGUCAAAGGUAUCCAUUGGGCACAUUUCUAGCCUGUGGCAGAUAUUUUAAACAUUAAUCCUCCAGUGUAGUGAUGUCUAGUAUUGGCAUUGCACAUGUUUAUGAAUAUUAUUUCCCAUUAGGCUCAUCCAGCCUUCAGGAUUGUUAAACAUCAUGGGAAAUGUAGUUCUCAAAUUGCUUCAGAGAGACAGGCAUUCAGCAUUUUCAGGAUUAUAUUAAACAUUAUCCAUGCACAAUAAAUACACUUAUUUCUCUGUAUUCUUCUUGAUUCCUAUAUAACUUGCAAGGCUGUAGGGCAGAGGAGUUAAAAGCAUCUCCCUUUAUGAAAAGGUGCACAUUUUGGUUGCUGAGUAGGAAGACAAGUGUGACUUACAUGGCAGUCAAAUGCAAAGACAAGAGUGUUUCAUGCUUGGAUGAUUUUUUUUUUUUUUAAAUUCCAGGAUAGUAAAGCUAUAAUAGAUUGUACUCUUUUCCAAGUCUGAUAUCUUGUCCCUUACAACUAAUAAGCCUACUGCAGUGUUAAGAAGCUCAGGUGUGUUGAUGAUCUGUAAGUAGUGAUGGAUGAUGAACAUUGGUUGAUCUAGUAAAGUCUAAACUACUUGACUUCCUAAUAUUGUAUAUAAGAAUGAUAACCUCUUAAUUGCCUGUUACUAUGUUGUUCUCCACACUAAAAAACAAAUGUUCUGUAACAUGGACCUUGGUGGAAGCUGAAGUUCUAAAUGUUGUAGUUCUUUAGCCCCAGAUUCCCUCUAGGCAAGUAGUUGUAAGCAGGGGUGUAACUAGAAACUUUAGGGCCUCAGUGCAAGAAUCUGUUAAGGGCCCCUCCACCCGCUAUAGAACAGAGGUGGCUAAUAUGAUCCUCAGCUGCCGUGCAAAUGCUAUGAUGCUUUGCUAGCUGUGGAUCUGCUAUUUACUCAUCCUUGCAGUGUUCUAACUGCAUGCAGUAUCUGUGAAUGUAAGCAUGCUUUUGCGUGGAGUAUAUUUGUGUGAAUGUUUGUUUAUUUGUAUAUAAUGCUGAUGUUUGAAUGCAGGGGGUCUGUUUUUGUGUAGUGCUGGUAUUUAUGUAGUGUUAGUGUGUGAAUGCAGGGGAGUUUUUGUAAUGUUGGCAUGUGAAUAUAGGGGUGUGUUUGUGUGUAGUGUUGGCCUUUGAAUGCCGUAUAGUUUUUGUGGGGAGUGUUAGUGUUUUAAUGCAGGGGUGUGUUUGUUUGUAAUAUUAGUGAUUGCAUGCAAAUGUGUUUUCACAAAUACAUGUGUACUGUCCCACACACAUACAGAAGCACAAACAAUGCCCACAGACACACAUAUAUAUAUAUAUAUAUAUAUAUAUAUAUAUAUAUAUAUAUACACAGAUUCACUCCGAGACACACAUAGACAGCUUGAUACACAUACGCUGUUAGUGACACAUACUGACAUUCAUGCACAGAUUCACACACAGUUUCAGAAAAAAUGACACACGUGUACAGAUACAUACACAUAUAAAGACACAUGCAUACAAAAACACACACAAACACUGACACACAUGCACAGAUGCAUACACUGUCAUACACACACACUGACACAGACUACAGCUCUCAUUAUACAUGGCCAUGAUAGGUACUAAAUUGGUCAGCUGAGCUGCGUACACAGCUAUGGCCAGAGUGCAACCUCAAAUACUUAUUGAUUAAAUUUUGAAUGCUGGCCAGUCACAGCAACAUUAAACUGGCCGAAUUAGUGGAUUAUAAAGCUGCAAAAUAAACUGUCUGGGAGAGACAUUGGAAUGGAUGAGAGCACCACAACCUCUAUAAUACAGCUUCUAUUCACCAGUGUAGGAAUGAGGUUGCUGCACAACAUCUUGCCAGUACAACAACCAACCAAGAGACUGACACAUAGGUAGGUGUAUCAUCAAGAGAUGUUCUGUAACUGUUUUAUUCAUUAAAUUGAAAGGGAUACUCCAUACAGAUAUAUAUAUAUAUAUAUAAAUCAGCUACUAUGUGUUCCUAGGGAAAAAAAGGCAAGGAAUUGCUACAACAUAAAUAUAGAUAUAUGCAAUCCACAUUAUAUGCCGCUUUUAAAAAAAGUUUCAAUAUAUGCUUACAUUGAGUUUUCAAUUAAACUUUGCUAAAUCAAAUGCUAUAAUAAUACCUACAUACAAAAAACACACCCACACUCUCUGUCUGCGACCCCUGUGAUCCUGAUAGUUCCGCCACUGUUGUGCCCUUUUAAAUUGCCACCACUCUUUUCGCUGUGUGAAAUCUGUGUCCCCCUAUCUAUCCAUGGUUUGUUAAGGAAAUGCAAUGCAUAUUGCUCUAUUUUUCUGACUGUACUCCAGGCUGCUGAGAGGAGGGGAGUGCUGCUUUUAGUAAGCCUAGCUGGAUGCACGAGAGUGCAGCAGGCAAGCUUGCUGACCUGUACAUUCAAGUGCAUUGUCUAUCACAAGUCACAGGUCAGGUGAUUAAGUUGAAGUGUGUGUGUAUGUGUUCAUAAAGGGCAGAGAUGUAUUCAUAUACGGAUAACGUUAGUGUUGAUGUGCAUUAAAAGGUGGUCAUAUUAGAGUCUGAGAUCAGAUAAGUAGUGGGAGUAAUGAAAAAUAGGAGAAAAGAAGCACGUUUGGAAAAAUAAUUAAAUACAGACUAAGAAAACAGAUGAGUGGAAAAGAGAAUGUAAAAAAAAGACUGUCGAGCAGGAGAUUCAGAGGAGCUCAGAGGGGAAACUGAAAGGUCAAGGUAUGAGUGGAGAAAUUGAAAAGAGCUGGGGAGAGCAAUAGGAGUGGGCAGUUUUGAUUUGGGUUCUAGCCCAUGGCAUUUUAAAAUCUAGCAAUGCUACUGUUCAUGAAAGGCCUUGAUCUGGUAUGUGCAUUUUUCCAGUGUAGGAGUUUAACAGGAAGCCAAUGAGCAUAAUUGGAUAAUGAGAAGGUAUUUGUUUAUUGGCACUUGUACAUCUACUACACAGCUUAUUGAAAGUGGAGAUGUGUGUUUUUACAUUGUAUAAUACUAAAGUAUGAAAAAUAAGACCGGUUUACAUGCUGAGUGAUACGCUUUCCCAUCAAUCAAAUAAAUAUUGCAAUUGAUAUGGUGCAGCUCCAGUGAUUUCCAUCCAUCUAAUAUAAUAAAUGAUUCAGACAUCACUCUGUAUUACUAACCAAAAUAGUCAAUAAUUUAAGAAUGAUGUAACACAAUAAUUAACGUCCAGAUUAAAUCUGCAAUCUUCAGUCAGUGACUAAGCCUUGUUCACUUUUUCCCAUCAUGCUGUGUGAAAUGCGGCCACACGUGUUUUCAGUAUUACAUUGUUGAAUAGUAAACUUUUGAUACUUAAGUCCGUUAUGACUGUAAUAUCUAAAUGUUAGACACAUUCCUUGUUUUUAUUAUUUAUCUAGUCCCACCUGGACUUACUGGCAUAGCUAGUGUGAGUCACACCAUAGGAAUGUGUGCACAGCAGAUGUACCUGGUACAAGUUGACUGCUGCUCCACUCCAGCUAAAUGUUCUGCUUUUAAGAUUACUGAAUUAUUAACAUUCUAUUGAUUCCCUUCAAAAUAUGCCUCCACUUUCCUGGCACUCGAAAUGUGAAAUCUGUAUAUAAUGUUCCUGUAGUUCUAAUGUAAUAAAUAUAAAUAAAAUUCAUUCUUGGCGGACUAUGAACCGCAAAUUCACUCUUCUCUGGUUAGAGCUCUAUUGACAUGGUUUUAUUUAAAAAUGCUUGCUACCAUAUCCAAAUAGGUAACAUUUUAUUUAUUUAUAUUGACCUCUGUGCUGUUGGUGAAAAAGAAAUGUGUGCAUCUAUUUACUGUCACACUGUUUGCUGUACCAUCACACAGAUUCUAAUGGCACACUGGUCACAUUGGCCAUAAAAAUACUCUAUUGUUGGCUUUCAUUGGAUAGUUUAAUCUGUAGAAAUGAUGAUGAGGUUUAACAAUUCUCACCGCUUGGCAAUUUAAUCCUAAUUAUUUUUAAUUACAUUCUCUGUUCAAUUGAAAAUAAAUAACUUCAAUAGAUUGCUUCUAAUACGUUGCUUAAGUAUACCUUGUUUGUCACACCGAAUUUUAUUUACUACAUAAGACCAAUUGUUACAGCUCAUGGCAUUCCCUUUUCCUUACAAUCUCUCGCAAAACAAUUGUUAACCUUUCUUUUAUUUAUAUAUAUAUAUAUAUGUAUAUAUUUUGUUUUGUUUGUUUGUUCAAUGAUAUGAUUUAUUUAUUUAUAUGAAGAUUUGUCAAUUUUUUAUUUUUUUUUAUCCUGUCGCAAUGCUUAGAAUAAUAAGAACAGAAAGAGUGGGUUCUGUGGGUAGGAGUUUAAUGGGAAUAGUAAGAUGACCACAUUAUGUCUUCAUCAAAAUGAUGUUCAAAGGGAUUCGUUGCUUUGACAUGUGUCUUUCCAGUCUGUCACAGUAGCAGAGAUUGUAUACAGUAAGAUGUGUAAUAGUUUACAUACAUAUUCAUCCAUCUCUACUGUCUGCCUGUUUCUUUAGUUUAGAUUUACCCUUUAAGGUAUUAGUCUCCUAGCUAAUUUACACUUACUCUGCAUGCAUGCUUCUUUAAAGAUUUACAAGUCUUUCUCUAAUUUAACUCUGAUAUGAUUUCCCUCUCGCUGUCAUUGUGGCUACUCCAUAUUGGGUGAGUUAUUUGUAUUUGCGUGCUUGUAACCAUUAAAAGACUUAAUUCUAAUUGCAAGAAACAGCGAUAAUUUCUGAACUUGUUUUUUGUUUUCUCUCCCUCUUAGGCUUUGAUAACAAUGGGGCUGUGGUAGGACCAAGAAGCACACGGCAAAGCAAUCCAGAGGAGCAUGCCACUUACUAUUUCAAUACUUUCUCCAAGGACCUGUUGGUGCAGGUGGGUGGCUGUCCUCUUUCCAAAUUCACUAUUCACUCUAAUAAAGUGCAUCUCUUUCCAAGACAUUGAUGUCUAUUCUCUUAACAUUGAGUUGUGGUGGUUUGAGAACCAACUUGUAAAAUAUACACCAAAAUGACGGAAUUCAAAAUCAAAAUCUGGUCAAGAUUUUCUCCAUCUUGGCUGUUUUAACCUAAAUGCAAUAUGGUUUCCAAGUUACAAUUCAGAAAAUAAAUCCAUCCUUAUCUCUAUAUAUUAUGAUAUUCUGAUUUAUACUAAACAUACAGGUCAAAAUAAAAAUUUCUUUUAGAAAAAUGUAAUUCUCUAUCUGAUGAUCGUGUCAUGCUGUCAUGUUUUAGAAGUGUCUGUGCACAUGUAUAUGUACUUCGAAUAGCCAUACAGUGAAUCAUGUGGUGAUGUAGAAAAGAACACAAAGGCUUAUCCAAACGUAUCACAACUGGAGGUAGUAAGUGUUCAAUAUUUUAUUUAAAUAGUUUUAUUUAAACAUGUAUUCCUGACCCUAUAGGGUUAAAACCACCAUCUAGCCCCUCUGGGCCCCUCAUGCCUCCAUAAAUAUAGUAAAAAUCUUACUGUAUUCAAGCCUGAAGCUGUAACCCUGCAUGCUGUUAGACUCAGAAAAACAAGCUGUGUGCUGACAUCAUCAGAAGUGGUAGCCUGAUCCAAUCACAAUGCUUCCCCAUAGGAUUGGCUGAGACUGACAAAGGGGCAAAUCAGGGGCAGCGCCAGCAUGAUUCAAACACAGCCCUGGCCAAUCAGCAUCUCUUCAUAGAGAUGGAUUGAAUCAAUGAAUCUCUAUGAGGAAAGUUCAGUGUCUGCAUGCAGAGGGAGGAGAUACAGAAUGUUUGGAUGCAUUUUAGGCAGCCAUGACCCAGGAAGGAUCCCUAACAGCCAUCUGAGGAGUGGCCAGUGAAGUUAUCACUAGGCUGUAAUGUAAACACUACAUUUUCUCUGAAAAGACAGUGUUUACAGCAAAAAGCCUGAAGGUAAUGAUUCUACUCGCCAGAGCAAAUUCCAUGAACUGUAGCUGUUCUGGUGACUAUAUUGUCCCUUUAAAUAAAAGAUUUAACUCACCGUACAUGCACAAGUGGCUCUUUUUGAUAGACACUAUGUAAUGCACCUGCCUGCUUUCUAUAUUUGAUGGGAUUUGUCUGGGUUUGGUGGGAUAUGUUGGACUGCAAGUGCAGUACCAGCGUCUAUACAAAGGCACAGCUGCUUGCUACAGAAUAAUGUAAUAUUUGACAAUUAACUUUUAAUUUGAUUUUCUUUGUGCCUGCUGAUAUUUGAUAGAAUACAUAAAGCAUACGGACAUGGCCAAGCUGAUUAUUUAUUGUUCAACCAAACAUUAAAAUUGAGAGAUGCAGAGUGGACUGUCCUGGUAUGACUGUUGCUACAUGGUUGCUGGUGUCAGACAUUAUUCACUACGGUCCAAUUGAAGCAGAUGAGUUGACAGUAGAAUGCCACAGCAUACAUUAAAGUGGUGUGCACUGUGUGAAAUCAAUUCAGUGCACCAUGUCACAAAGCACACCUCUCCAUCAGGUUGCAUGAAAUGGCAGUUAUAACAAUAAACUCUCAGCAUGGUCCACACUCUGUGAGAUGAAUGCAGUUAAUUUCUAUAGAAUGCUUACAACACCAUGCCCCAAAGAGUAGAGGAUAUGCUGGGAUCAGUUUAAAGUACUACUCAGUUAUCUUUGGUAUUGAGGAGACAUGUAUUCUGUCACAAUAUGUUAUGAUUUUACAAUGUACCAAAGCACAUGCUUUUUUUUUUUUUUUGGUAUGCAGGGAGAUACAACAUUACCUGUGUCGCCACAACAGCACCAACAGGCUCAAUAAUCAUAGUUAGGACAAAUGUGUGGCAUGUGAAGUUUGCAUACAUUUUUUUAAAAUAACAUAUGUAAUGGUAGAGAAAACAAGCUAUGAUCAAUAUAGUUUUGAGUUCAAUACGUUUCAUUUCUUUCUAGGCAUUGUUAUAACAUUCCUGGGUACCCACAGGGUUGAGAAAUAUGUUGAGUUGGUUAACAGUUAUGUUUCAAGCUAGGACAGCAACAUUUAAUAUUAAGGCUAGGAUGUCGCUAGGAAACAGGUUAACAAGUUUAGUUAAAACGUUUUUAGUCUAUUAAUGACACUUAAUGUAGGUACCCUUGGUGAAGUACGCUUGCUGUGAGUAAUUUGUACGAGGUUCUGAUAUAUGCGAACGGGUUAAAACACAAUAAAGAUUAAUCAGUUGGUUAGCUCUGGUUAAAUCACUGUGGGUAACUAAAUAGAUGAGUAAAUGCAAUCUGCUGAGAUUCGGUCAAACAUAAAAUUAACUUUGAUAUAUGUAUGUUAAUAUUGCCAAAGCACAUGCUUAGUUAUUGACUGGAUGGUGUUUUUUUGAUGCAGGCCAUGGUGGGGAUUCUGCAAGGAAAGGAACUCAACCGAGAGAGUGCACCGGUGCAAGACUUAAAGCCAUUCCGUAUUCUUAUAAGUCUGCUAGACAAGCCUGAACUAGGUAUUUUAUUUUUAGAUAUAUAUAUAUAUAUAUAAGAUUGUUUUUGUCUACAUGUUGAAUCAAAUGCUCAGCUUGCUGUUGAAUGCUUGGCCCACUGUUCAAAUCACUCCCACACCACUCCAAUAUAUGGAAAUAACUUUAAAAUAAAUUGUUAUAGCUUUGGAGUAAAUUAUACUUUACUUUAGCCCUUAAACACCCAUGGCAGAUUGUGUAUACUUGUUACUGGUCUAACAGCAUGACUUUCUGUGUUUUGGUUAUAGGCCCUGCAAUCUUGGAAGAUGUAUUGAUAGAAGUGUUUAGGACGUUAUAUACACAGUGCAAAGCUGAACUUGAUAUUCAAACACAAGCACCUUUUAGUAAGGAUCCAGCUCAGCUUAGCAGGUAUGUUGAUUCCAUCUUUAAAAUUCUUUUAGCUACUUAUUAACUUAAUGGACACUGAUUGUUCACGAAAGACAUAAGAAACAUUUAAUGUGGGCUCCACACCAAUUAACAAAAAAAGUAUAAAUGUGAAACCUUCUCAGAAAUAUGCUCAUAUUCAUUGCUGUGUACACUAUACACUUGUAAACAUACUGGAUAGAGUGUAUUACCUGAUUCCUGUUAUUAUAAAGUCUCUUAUUGAAGCAUAAACCAUUUCCAAAACUAAACAAUGGGGAAAACGUAUGCUUUCACACCAUAUUUCAAACACUCCGUAAAUAGUCACAUACUAUAUAUAAAGUGUUUUACCAAGCAGGGCUAUUGCCACUAUGAAUAAACACAUUAUUUAAUCUAGUUUCUCUGUGUUACCAAAAGAUUUAGUUCAGGGUGUAUAGCAAAAAUGCAUGUGAUCACCAAUAAACCUUCCUACACUCAAUGGAGAAGACUGUUGCCUUUGAUUCUUUGUCUAUGGCACAGGGACACUCUUUUUCGUAUUUCUUGAGAAAAUCGUAAAAUUUUUCCAAUAAUCAACAUAAUAAUGCUACCAAAGUGCAACCCUCCAGUAAUUACUGACCAACAGGUCCCAUUAACCUAAGGGCACAACACAUUGUGGCAGUGUUAAUUCAGCCUCAGUUGAGGGGCAAGGCUGUGGAUAGAAUUAUUCAUAUACUUGUAUAUUAUCAGUGAUUGAAAAAUAAUUUAAAAUUUUGGACUUCAAUUUGCCAAAUGAAAGCAAGCUACCCAACUUGUCAGUUCAUCUAUUUUGCCGUAAGAUGUGUAAUUUCCUUUCAAUUCUCAACAAUUGACACGUUUGUAAAUAAUAACCCUGGCAGUGAUAUAAACCUGCCUUUUAGGAUGACCUUUUAUUUGGACCAGUGCUCCACGUUUAGAUUAAUUGAUUACCCAUGUCUUUUCUAGUGGGAAUCUUGGACCAUUCUAAAAGUAGGAUAAUUGUGCUUUAAAUUGUAUGAUAUUUACCAGUACAGUGUAUGACAUUGCUUUUUUCUGUUUAGUAAACUGAGGGAAAACAAGAGAACAGCAGAGCUCAUUAAAACUGCCAACCUUUUGUUCAAUUCCUUCGAACCUUACUACAUGUGGGAUUACAUCGCUCGCUGGUUUGAAGAAUGCUGUAGGUAGGUAUAGGUAUUUUACAUUGAGGGAUAAAAACAGCGUGUCAUUUUAAUUUGCUUUUUAUUUAAUAGUGCUGAGCUGUAGAAAAGAUUUAUUACAGUGUGGGCUGCUUUGAUCCUUUUGGGCUGCUGGCUGUAUAAUAACAGCAGUGAUAAAUGCUCUGGGAUGCAGCUGAACCAGAGGGUAGGAAGAAAAUGUUCUGCUUUGUCAAAUGUUCCACAUCUAUAAACGAAUUCUUUCAAACAAAUUGAAAAAAAAAAAAUCAUCCUCACCCUCACGUGUACAGUAUCCUUGAAAACGGAAUAAAUGUUAUUGUAUAUUAUAAAUCGGAACUGCACUUGUGGCAAUGUUUACAUACAACAUUCCAAGUUUCUGCAUCCACAAUUCCUGCAAAUGAGGACUCACAAAACUCAAUAGUCAAACCUAAUCUAUUAGAGUACUAAAAUAAAAAAAAUAUAAAUUGUAUUUUAUAAUAUGCAACUCAGUCAAACCAGCUGUAUAAGUAUGAAUAUGCAAAGAGUUAUUGGUUAAAUAAAGUAAAAAUGUAUUAAGCAAGCAAAACUCAUUAAAGGGACACUAUAGUGCCCUGAGGGUGCCCCCACCCUCAGAGUCCCCCUCCCGCGGCGCUGAAGGGGUUAAAACCCCUUCAGCUACUCACCCCUUUCCCCCGCCGGGCUCCCUUACCUCUCCUCCCCCACCGACGUCGGCAUCCUUGUCUGACCUCACCGGCAUUUUUCAAUGCUUUCCUAUGGACGCUCUGCGUGAUUGAGACAUAAUAUGGCAGCCAGGAGGGGCCUCGCACCCGACGGCAUACCGAGCAAGCUGCCGGGCCCCCUCCUGGUGUCAGGUCCUCGGUCACUGACCGAGGACCCAAUACAGUCUGCCCAUAGGGAGUUUAGGCGGCCUUAGGCCUAAUUAGAGAGCCGCCUCUGAUAGGGAGUAGGAAUGCACGGAAAUGAAAAUUCUGGGCCGAAAUGGAAACCAAAAAUUCAGGAUGCCCUUCGGCCAGAAUUCAGCCAAAAAACGAAACUGAAAAUGACUUUUUUUUCCCCAAAUGAUUUUAAAAAGUUUUUUUUUCCCUAUAAUUUUAUUAAUAUUAGACUUUUUAAUGAAUUUAAUUAAUCUAAUAUGAAAAACUUCCCUUCUCUUUUAGUGGUCCCCCCUCUAAUGUUCCUCUCCCCUCCCUCUUUUUUAGUUUUUUUUCUCUCCCCUCCUCCCUCAGUCCCAUAGUGUUCUUUUCUCCCCUCCCCUGUCCCAUUGUUCUUUCUCCCCAUCCCAUAGUGUUCUCCCCCCCCCUCCCCUGUCCCAUUGUGUUCUUCCCCCCUGCCCUGUCCCAGUGUUCUUUUCCCCCUCCCCUGUCACGUAGUGUUCUCCCUCCCCCUCUCCUGUCCCGUAGUGUUCUUCCCCACCGUGUCCUAUAGUGUUCUCCCCCUCCCUCCUGUGUCCCAUAGUGUUAUUUCCCCCUUCCCUGUCUUAUAUUUCUUUUCUCCCCCUCCCCCCCCCUCCUGUCGCAUAGUGUCCCAUAAUGUAAUUUUUGUAAUUUCGGCAAAUUUGACCCGUUUCCGCCCGAAACGGGAUUGGCCCAUUUUCGGCUAGCAUCCCUAAUAGUUUAACAAUAUAUGGUUAGGAAUACAUGUUUUUAUUCCUAAUGCAAUAGUGUUGAAUGAAGAAACACAUUUGGUAAUCAGUAUUUUUUUUUCCCUUGUAGGCGGACACUUCAUGCCAGACUUAAUUUACCAGCUUGUGAUGGCAGCAAGACAUCUCAGUUACCUCUUAUCAAUUUCUGCUUAUUAGUUGAUUUUUUAUUGGAUAUUGUGUCUUUAGUAAGUACCCAUUAAACAAUUUAAAUACAUUAUUAUGUUAUAUUAUUUUUAAGUGAAUGCUUAUUAGUUUAAGGUAAUGCACUUCAAAAGUAAACCCAGCCAGAAAGAUAAGGCCUUCAUCCUAUGCUGCUGUAUUGAUCUUUAAAGGAACAUGCAUCGUUUGACAAUUCUGUUUUUAAACCAGCACGCAAACCCUUUUAAACAAAUUUACAAAUCAAGAUAAAACAAGAACACUUUGAAAAAUAUGUAAUAAAUGUUUAUAAAUUCACAAUAGACUUGCUUAGAUUGCAUUAUUGGGCACACCUUACAGCCAGGGAAGUUUCUUCAGUGUCUCCCCCUUACUCUUACCAUCCAGCUCAGCUUCAGACCAGUUUACUAAUGACAGAAACAGGGAAUCAUUGGGUAGCAGCAGGUGAGAGAAACUCGAUACUGCUUGCUCUGUUUUAAUCACACUGAUUAGACUCCUUCUCUUCUCCCCCUGUCCGGAUGUUCCAAGGCGUAGAGAUAUUCGAGCUUCACAUGUUUAAAUCUGUAAGGCAUGGCCAGUGCACUUUUCCAGCAUUCCUAGGGAUAGGAAACUGACCGGUAUAUUAUAGUAUCCCCUUUUGUUUGUGUGGAAAUAAAAAGAUGCAGGUAAACAUAAAAAAAAUCAAAAAAAAAUCAGAUCUGCAUGCUUUUUUUCAGCCUAAAAGACUAAAGCUUUUUAAUGAGACCGUUUUCUCAAUAAUGCAUGUCCCUUUAAACAUUAAAUCUAUAUCCUAUGUUAAUCAGUGUUAGUAUUCAGUGUACAUGGCAGGUCUGUUCAAGAUAAUGUUAACAGGGAGUGAGGUCACAACAACGGCAGACAAACUUUUUGUAUGUGGUGCUGCGGCACCUUUGCUCCUACAGACAAUAACUGUUUAGCUGCAAUUUUUUUGACUAUUGAUAAACCUAUUACUAAUGUGGAAUGAAAUAUAAAGGACUCUUUCCUUUGCCCUAGAUCAAUUUUAGUGGCUUAAGUUGUCUGGGUACCUUUAGUGGUCCUUUAAAAUACUGACGAUCUGCUAAUUUCUAUAAAGAUAACUUAGCAGGUGCAGAAGCCACUCUUAUUGACUUCAGAUCACCAAGACUGUUAUAUAAGGUUUAGUCAUCGAAUUGAACUGUUCAGAUACUGCAUCAGCUGAAAAUCAAAUUGAAAGCUUUAGAGCCAGCUAGUUGAAUUGAAAGAAGUUCCCACUGGAGCAAAUAAUUGAUGAAUUGACAACUGAAUUGCAACAUUCUGAUGAAGAGAGAGAAAUGUUUACAGUUUUGCUGUUUAUGCUUACGUUUUGCAAAUCAUUUGGCAAUUAAUUUUUCUAUGAAUACACUGCGACCUGUUGCCUAGUGGCUUGAAAAUUAAAUCCGUCGUCUUGAUCUCCCAAAAAAUACAAAUAUUAUAAAAUAUUAUAAGAAGAAAGCAUGUUGCUGUUUGUGAAAGCUGCUCUAAAUGAUUUCUUCAGCUUUAAACAUAGUACCAGAUUUCUGGCUUAUUGUUCUAUGAGAAUGGGUUCCUUAAUAUGUGCCAACUGAUAAUUUUGUUUCUCUGUUAUAUUAGUAUUGGUUUAGUUAUUUAGAGCUAGCUAAAUAACUAUCAUAGAACUGUGUAAUGCCAAAUGAAACGUACAAGUAUAAGGUACAGAAAAGGACUUUGUCCAUUUUGUUGUUCCUCAUGAGAACACCAUUUGAGUAUACACAAUGCAUGUUUAAUAUUAUUUUUAUACACAUUAUAUACAUAUAUAUAUAUAGUAAAUGUUUGCUACAAUAUGUUACUAAUUCCUCAGUCUUUUUCAUGCAUGCUACUUAAAAUAUGUCAAUUUUUCUAUUCCUUUCCGACUCUUAUAUUCUGCUUUCAUUUUCAAAGCCUACUAGAAGUAUGAGAGUGAUAUGCCAGGUACUGUAUGAUCUUAAAGAUACCACCUAUCUUUGUAUCCAAGGCCUCAUAUAUGCUUAUGUAUUACUGAAUCAAUAGAUAGAUAUGCAUGUUUGUAUUUUGCAUGCAGUUACAAUGCAUAUGGUGCCCAGUGUCACAGCAAAAGGAUAUCCUACAGGAAAUAAAGUCAAAUAUCUGAUAUCAAGAGCUGGUAAAGUGACUGCGACAAGCUGGCUAGGUGGACAGUAGUGGGAGUACUUGUUCUGAUGUGAAAGUAAAUCCUUGAUCUCUAACCAGUAUAGAUAUGUAGAUCUCCCCGUUCACGGAGUCCUGGUAUUGUUUAUGUAGAAUAAUGUUUGUUGGCUUUACUGUUACUUCUUGAUCAUGCCCAUAGUUGUCUGUAUAUUUAGUAUUUACUUUAGCUCCAUUUCCAGCAAUGUCAUUCUGAUUAUAUAAUGUGUAAUCAAGUGUAUCUUACAAUAUGCUUAAGCCACUACUUUUAUAAGCAAGGUCCGAGUCGAAUUGUGUAGCACAUUGAUUAGUAGGCUUCGGACUUGUAAUAAACAUUAUCUUAACAUUAGUGCCUAUACAAAUUUGUAUUUUAUGUCCUGAACAGAAAGGAAAGGGUGAAUGUAACAAUUACUGAUGGUUAUCAGUGUUUUUCAUUUGUUUAGGAGACAUACAUAGAAAUCCAGACAGAACAUCUGCCCCAGUUGCUCCUGAGAAUGAUCUCCGCUCUAACAAGCCAUCUGCAGUCUCUGGACUUGAAGGAACUGGUAGAUUCUCUGCGGCUUUGUUCCAAGAUUCUCAGCAAGGUUCAGCCCCCACUUCUGUCUGCCAGUUCUGAUGGCUCUGUACAUUUUCCAGGUGCACAGAUUGGCUUCUUCAAAGAAAGGGAUGACAGGAAGGUAAUGUUAUAUACACAACACAAACAUGUCCCGUUGUACUAUCAGUAAUGCAGUAUGUUUAACCAUGUUAAUUGUUUUUUCAUGCCAGUUUUAAUUAUUUGCAUUAAGGUAAACGUCUAUGAAGAGUUUAAAUAUUUAUAUCCUGUUCUGCCUUGUGCUUAGCUCUCCCCAGUUACCUCUGAAAAUCCAGGUGAUGUUUUUGACGAUGGAGAGAACCCUCCAAGCAGUCGAUCUUCAGAGAGCGGCUUUACAGAUUUUGUCCAGUACCAAGCUGACGGAGCUGAUGACAUUGACAGAGUGCUGAGUGAGGGUCAGGGUGCAGCAGGACUGCCCUUAGGUAGCACUUCUUCAGAAACUGAAACCGCAUCUACUGUGGGCUCUGAAGAAACUGUUAUACAACCUUCCUUUACCAGCCCCCAGGGGGCAGCAUCUCACAGUAUUAAAGCCACACAAAAAACAGCAAUGCAAUGCUGCUUAGAUUAUUUCCAGCAGUUCUUGACAAGACUUAUCACUCUGUACAUUUCACCUAGAGGCUCAGUAUCCCAUGCACUUGCAAAUGAACUUAAGGAAGACAUUGAUGAGUGUCAAGCACACAGCACUAAAUGUGAAGAUACCACUUCUGAUAACACUAAGGGAAAAAAAGUGAUUAAGCAGCACUCACCAAAUGAAUACCGACCUGCCUUUAUUGCUGCUUGCCAGCUGUUUCUUGAAUGUUCUAGCUUCCCUGUUUACAUUGCAGAAGGCAGCCAGGCCUCAGAGAUCCACAACAACAAGGCCGAUAUAGGUAAUUUGUUUGCUUUAACAUAGGAGAAAUUCAUAAAUGUAUUAAUUAUAACGAGCUUUAUUCCAAAAUGAGCCAGUGCAGGCAUCAAGUAAAUAUAUAUAUUUUUAAAUUUUAUAUAUUGGGCCCUGAUUAUGCGCUGAUAUUUUCAUGAAUGCUCUUUAGAGUUUAAAUAUGAAAGGUUUUAUUCUCUAAACUCCAAAUUGUAGUAAACUGAAAUUCCGAAAGGCAAUGUUUUGCCAAGUAACCAAACUAUUGUUGCAAUCUUGUGCAAGAAUACUGAAUGAUGAUGUAGGGAAGAUCUGGUAUGUGCAUUGGCUGUUCGUUAAUAUAUAUUUUACAUUGAUCAAGAAGGGAGGGUACCUGGCAACUCCUGCCAUUAAAACCAUUACAGUGUUCCUUUAAGUCAGCAUGUUUACAUUGUGAUCGGAGUAUUAAUACUUCCUAUAUAAGUGUUUUGUUGAUUGUUUCUUAGACUGUGAGCAAGUGCAGCCACCCACCUGGCUUCAGACACUCAUGAAUGCCUGCAGUUCAGCCAUGGACUUCAGCAUCCAGAGCGUGGCUAUUUCACUUGUUAUGGACCUUGUUGGCCUGACACAAUCUGUUGCAGUGGUUGCUGCUGAAAACACGGGUAAUUUGGAAUCUUCUCAGCCUUUAAGUCCCAACCAAGGGCGUGUAUCUGUAGUUAUCCGACCACCACUUACUGAAGGAAACUUGAGAUUCAUGGCUGAGAAAACUGAUUUCUUCAAGGUAGGAUAAUUUAUGUGUCUAAAAUGUGUCUAAUCUCUCUCUCUUUCUCUCUCUCUCUCUCUUUUUUUUUUUUUUUUUGUUUAUCCGAGGUUCCAAUUAUUAAAAUGAAAUUAGUGCUACAAAAAUACUGCAGACAAUGUUUCCUUCUUGAUGUGAAGUAUCAGGGAUAUUCAGUACUAUAGGAAUUGUUGGGAAUACAAUGUGAAUUUCUAAUGUUGGGCAAAAAAAGCAAACUCAAAAUGGAUCUGAAGAUGAUUCCCACUUUGGUGAAUAACCCUUUGUGUGUACUGUAAUGUUUGAAUGAAAACCAGUUGGCCAGAAAAUAGUCCAACAGGACAGACCAGGGGUAACCCUAAUGGGAUAAACCAUAUAAGAGAAAAGAAGAAGGAAAGUCUGUCCUACACAAUGUAAAUGCAAAAAUGUAGAUAUAAGAGAAAGCAGUUAAAAUUAUAUACUUUAUUAUCCAAAACAAAAAGGGAAGAGAAAGAGAGAGAGAAAAAAAGAAACCUACAUACAUAAAUAAGAAUUACCUGAAAGGGUAAAUUCUUGCACAGUGAUAGCCGAUGCAACAGUGUAUCAAAAUAAAUAUCUGGGACUAUGUAGUAUAACUGUAGAUUUGUUACAUAAGAGUCAGAUGAUAUUUGGCAACGUUGUAUCAACAGUACGUAAAAAGAAUAUUAUACAACAGUAUACUCAAAGCCAUCAAUUCAGAUUAUUAACCUGUGUGGUCCACCAGACAUUGAGACUAUUCAAGAAUAGUGUACCAGCAAAGAGGCUUACAAUACACUGCCUCCCGUAGUCAGUCCUCAAGGUGUAAUUAAGGGCUGACAGGAUUUAUAACGAGAGGUGGAAUUGAUAUUGGAAAAAAUUCUAGUUGCUGAACUGCAAGCUCACUACAACAUAUAGUACUAAAUAUAAAACAUAUGCGGCAAAAAAGAUACUGGCAAUAAGAUGCUGUGAUCAUGCCAUGAGGUGACCCCCCACAGAGUAAGUCUCUGGGAGUCACCAGAAAAUUGACUGAGAAUUUAGACUAUAUGUAUAUCUCACUUGGUUACUCACUAAACUGGGAUUCCAAAUGCGGACAAGCCAGUGGGCUAGUAAUCUUGUGAGAAAAUCACAAAAUGUACAGACAAGCCGAUCGAGCUGGUAGUAAGUGGGUUAAUAAUACAUGAAAGUGCACACAAAAUAAACUAUUAGUUCUUCUAAUGUCAAUCAAUACCAGAAAAACUGGGUAUAUAAAAAUAUAUAGCCCUGUAUGUAUAAUCACAGUAACGUUGAUAGAGCUAUAGACAGAAGGAAAAAGAAUAGGUAGAAUGGUGCCUUCGUGGGCACCUGGUAUAGUAAAGAAAUGUAUAUAAUAGAUUAGGUAGAGUAACUGUAUGUACAGUAUUCAAGUAGCAACGGCCCUACAGGUUUGCUACUAGGUAGAUACCCUGAUCGGUAAAUCAAUACAAGUUCACUGAGGCGAAAAAACUGCCGUCUAAAUUAUACAAGUUCCGGGCAGGUCAUUUAAUGGUACCGGCAGAGAAUGUAAUAGCCGGUAAGAAAACAGAGAGAGGGUGCCUCGGGGACGGAUGUUUUAGCUGAGGAGGACGGGUAAGUAUCAAAGCCACAGUCCUACAAGUUUUCUCAUGUUAAGUGGAUACCCUGAUUGGUAUCCAGAUUCUUAUUCACCUGAAACUGCUAUCAACCGUCUAAAUUAUACGAGUCCCAUGCCGGCCGUGUAAUAAUGUCAGCCAGGAAUGUGAUAACCGGGACAGGGACAAAAAAGGGCAAGACUAAUGCCUCAGGAACCAAAAUUUAAUAGAAAAAGAUCAGGGAGGUGUCAGACCCGACGCGCGUUUCGCCUGGAUUAGAGGCUCAUCAGGUACACUAUUCUCAUAGUCUCAAUGUCUGGUGGACCACACAGGUUAAUAAUCUGAAUUGAUGGCUUUGAGUAUACUGUUGUUUAAUAUUCUUUUUACGUACUGUUGAUACACUGUUGCCAAAUAUCAUCUGAGUCUCAUGUAACAAAUCUACAGUUAUACUACAUAGUCACAGAUAUUUAUUUUGAUACACUGUUGCAUCGGCUAUCACUGUCCAAGAAUUUACCCUUUCGGGUAAUUCUUAUUUAUGUAUGUAGGUUUCUUUUUUUCUCUCUCUCUUUCCCUUCCCUUUUUGUUUUGGAUAAUAAAGUAUAUAAUUUUAACUGCUUUCUCUUAUAUCUACAUUUUUGCAUUUACAUUGUGUAGGACAGACUUUCCUUCUUCUUUUCUCUUAUACUGUAAUGUUUGUUUUAAACUUGGCACAUAUCUGCACAUAGUUGUCUUCGUAGUAUGCAGGGAAUAUGUUUUUAAUGCCAUAAAGAACAAGUAUAUUAUAUACAAUGUACAUUAAUGGCAUUAGUGCUAACUCUGAUGCAGCAAUAUGUUCUUCUAUUCCCUAAAUGCUAAUUUUCUUUUGUUGAGUUGAUGUACUUUGUGCUGUUACUUUCAUUGCAAUUCAUUUAAAUGGACAAAUCACUUUACAUUUUUUUUUCACAUAUAUAUAUAUAAAGAAAUGCAAACUUUACAGCAUUACAGUGUUUUGCAAAUGAAUUAGAUCAUCUGUAAUUUAGUAGUCAGUUGGUUUCGUCAUGUGUCACUUUGUGAGGCUAUCACAAAUGUGGCGUUAGCAAAUCUAAAAUUUCUUAUGACUUAAACCUUUGCUAUGCUAGCAAAAUGUAUGGAGCAUUAUUACUUUUAACACUGUUUAGGUGACAGAUCAUUUUAAGUUUAGAUAAUUAUUAUUGUGUUAAGUCUAUAUUAAUUAUGAAUUAGAAGCACUUUUAAAACCCAUUCAACAGACUUCCAUUAGUAACCUCUCUUAGAAUACUCCACUGGUCAGACUACGCAGCCACUCUCAUGUGCUCAUCUGUGUUUUUUUUUAUUUCCGGUCAUACAAAAGCAUGUGGCUAUGACACUUUGGGAGCAGUUGGGAGAAAAGACCCCGCAGCAUCAUCAGAGAAGUGUGGAAUUGUUCUACCAGCUGCAUAACCUGGUCCCCUCGUCCAGUACAUGUGAGGAUGUCAUAAGUCAGCAGCUCACACACAAGGACAAGGUAAUCCCCUUCUUUUACCAGGUUAUACACAGUGAUCCUUCUUCUUUCUUGUUAUUCUGAAACUUCACCCAGGUAACAAAAAUAUUUUGUCUUUUAACUUCUACAUUGAAAACUACGAAUAAAUACUCAGAUAUGUUUUAAAGGAAUUUCAAAAUUGCCCAGCAAUCCCUUUCAAGUUAACACACUACACCUAAAGUAAAACAGUAAACUUACUUGGAAUCCAGCACUGAGUGCUCAAUGGAUUCCAUGGCCAAACUGACAUCACAUCCUCCGUCUCCAUGGUCCAAUCCAUGGAGACAUCACAUCCUCCGUCUCCAUGGUCCAAUCCAUGGAGACAUCACAUCCCCUCUCUCUCUCUCUCUCUCCAUGGUGCAAGGGAGAAGCCUGUUACGUCUUUGCUUAGAAUUGACAUUAGGCAGCCCAGAACAGAGUUCCAGACUGCCUAAAUCACAAGUGCCAAAGGGUUCAACUUAUCCCUGCCACUAAAAGCUGAAGUGUUCAUGGUGGUUGGAGUAACCCUUUAAUUCCAUGCAUAGGUAAUAUUGUUUGAAUGUCUUUCUUUUACAGCAAAUUCAUGGGCUCUUAUACUUCUCCAGUUAUAUACACGUAGCUAGGAAAGGGCUUAAAGGAUCACUAUAGGGUCAGGAACACAAACGUAUUCCUGACCCUAUAGUGUUAAAACCACCAUCUAGCCCCCCUGGGCCCCUCAUGCCUCCAUAAAUAUAGCAAAAUCUUACUGUAUUCAAGGCUGAAGCUGGAACUCUGCAUGCUGUUUGCCUCAGAAAAAAACAAUCUGUCUGCUGACAUCAUCAGAAGUGGUAGCCUCAUCUAAUCACAAUGGUUCCCCAUAGGAUUGGCUGAGACUGACAGAGAGCAUGAUUCAAACACAGCCCUGGCCAAUCAGCAUCUCCUCGUAGAGAUGAAUUGAAUCAAUGAAUCUCUAUGAGGAAAGUUCAGUGUCUGCAUGCAGAGGGAGGAUAUACUGAAUGUUUGGAUGCAUUUUAGGCAGCUAUGCCCCAGGAAGGCUCUCUAACAGCUAUCUGAGGGGUGGCCAGUGAAGUUAUCACUAGGCUGUAAUGUAAACACUGCAUUUUCUCUGAAAAGACCGUGUUUGCAGCAAAAUGCCUGAAGGGAACUGUUGUACUCAUCAGAACAAAUGCAAUAAGCUCUAGUUGUUCUGGUGACUAUAGUGUCCCUUUAAAUAUCAGUAUGUGCUCCAAGUCAUACAAGCAUGCUCUAUAACUCCCUAGCCAAGUUGAUGGAGCUGCUCAUACAAUACAAUCAUACUUGACUUUCCACUCAUUCAGAGCAUUGACUAGGAAAGACUUUUCAAGUGAUUACAUUCCGGCUCCCAAAUUCAGCAAGAAAAUAUGGAAAUAGACCUACACUGCUAGGCAAUCAUUGAUUACUCACUGCACCCUCUACCUACCCUGUUAUAAUGAUGAUGCCAUUAAUUUAUUCUGAUAUAUGGUUACAGGAAAAGCUCAACUGGAAUGGGUGAUUUAGUAGUGUGGUUUUAAAGGGUACUGGAUGCUCUUAAGGGUAGAAUUCGUCCCCUCACCGGAUACACAUACAAACAGAAAACCGUAAAUGAAGCCAAGGCACACUAGGAUUUGCAUAUAAAAAGUUUUUAUUCAUGCAGUUUAGUAAUCAAUUUAACAGAAGAAAGAAGUGCUUAACAUAGUGCAAAUAAGAACUAUCAUCCCCAAACCACUUAGGAAUAACAAUAAAGUGCUAAGAGUAAAUACUUAAACCCAUAUAAUAUGGUAUACUAACCUAGAGCAGGAGAAAUGAUGGCCCUUAUGCCUUCCUCUGGGGGACUUCUCACUUACUGAUCCAAGUUACCACAAUAUAUAUAUAUAUAUCUUAAAACAAUUAAGCCCAAGUGUAAUCAGCUGGGUGAGAUGGGCACCUUCCAUUUAUAGACUAAUAGAACAGCACGUCCAUAAACUUCCACUCACGUCCAAUGACGUCAUUACAUUUUCGUGCAGUCACAUGUCUAGUCACAUGUAUCAUUACCACUUGGGAAAUUACAGGGGAGUAUAGCGGUCAAACUUGGUAAAAAGAAGAAAAACCAUUUGGUUCCCAUAUUUGUAUUUCCGCCAGUUUUAUAUCGCCAAUUAAUCAGCCUGUGGAGCUAACAGCUCCUAUUUCCAAUCCCCACAUAACCAUGCAUAUACUGAAACAAAAUAGAAAAUUAAAUAUAGCGAGGGGCUUGCUGAUUAUAAUCAAAGAUAAAUGAUUUAGUAUUUGGCCAAAAAGGACAAUUUAAUAAAGAUGUCUAAAAUUUUAGGUUAAUCAAAGCAAACCCAAUUAAUGGUUAUACAAAGUAAAAAAACCAUACAGAGAAAAGAAACUAUUUUGCAUGAUUCAAUGUUUGACAUGUUCCAUAACAAACAGUACAUUGGAAUCCAUAAUACAUUGUAUAAAAAUGUCUACAGUACAUCAUACCACAUUGAUCAAAUCACAGAAUUUAUAUUAAUUUAUUCUAAGACUGAAACUGUUUGAAAUUACAAAUGUGUGCUCUUGUGAAAUGUUUUUGUUGUUGAAAAGUUUAAUACAUCUAAAUAUCUAAUCAUAUAAUUUUGUUGAAGAAAUUAAGAAUGGAGGCUCAUGGGAGAUUUGCAGUUCUUUGGCAUCUGACCAGAGAUCUUCACAUUAACAAGUCUUCUUCCUAUGGUCGUACUUUUGACAGGUAUGUAACCCUAAUUAUACAGCAAAAUGAUAAAUUGUCUCGCCUCUAGAGCUUGAUGGUAAUAAUGUUAAAAUCUGCCAAUAAUACAUUUAAUUAAAUGAAAACAUUUUGAAAUACUUUUUACUUUAUAAACAAGCAAAAACAUUAAAAGAAGUGACCAGAUAAGAGUAUCUGGUCACAUCUUUUAUGGGACAAAAUGGUCUAUGGCUAUGUGAUAUUAAUAGUCUAUUUGCUGUUUUAGUAGCUUUCUGUGUUUUGGCUAAAUCACCAAAUACACUGUUUUGUAUUGCAGAUCGUUGUUUAUCAUGCUUGACAGUCUAAAUAGCAUGGAUGGUGGAACUUCAUCAGUUGGCCGAGCUUGGUUAAAUCAGGUUUUACAGAGACAUGAUAUUGCAAGAGUUCUUGAACCUCUCAUUCUACUACUUUUCCACCCAAAAACUCAGCGAGUGUCUGUACAGCGAGUGCAAGCUGAGAGACACUGGAGUAAAUCUCUUCGAUAUUUUGAAGACACAAGAAAGUUGUUUUUAAAAACAAGCAGUGAUGGUAUGUAAAUAGCUACACAAUUUGGGCGCUUUAAGAUAACUAUAUAAUUAUGAAGAUUUUUUUUAUUCUUUUUUUAAUUCUUUAUUUUAUUAUGCUGAGGGUAACAAAUAGGUUCACUUUGCCACAACAGCUGAAGCAAGCAAUGUUCUAACAAUUCAUUUUCAUGGCAUAUCAGACAGCAUAUCUUUAUGUUAUAAGAAAGACAUGUUCAUAAAGGUAGUUUAUAUCACAAGACCUGCUUUUAACAUUUAGGUAAGGCGUGCAGAGCUAUGGUUGAGGAGGUCAUAGAUUAAUAGGGAAAGUAUACAGUGUUGGGAAACAGGAGUAGGCCCCCAGGGAGGACCCGGGCCGGUGGCAGCCUGGGCCUGCAAUAUUAUUUUGCACAGGGUUUGGUAGUCGCAGCUGGGGGGGGGGCAUGUUCCUAGUGUUAAGCAGUUUGCUUCAUGGUACUCUUGCCUAGCAGCUGAGUAAGGUGUUUUUAUGGGAACCUUAAAGAGACAGUCAGGCUAACCACAUUUGUCUCUAACUGAUACUAUUUAUUACCUCUAUCCUGCACUCUGGCUAGCUAUUCGCAGCGGCUAAGGACAUUGUAAUUGUUUUGGUUGUGCAUCUAUACCUACAUGUGAGAGAGAGGCAAUUUUAGGCAUGAGGAUUUGUACGUUAAUGUAUGAGCUGGAAAGCUAGGUCUACUAAAUGGCGGUUACUGCUAUAGCCAGGAGUUUGCCUAUCUACCGCUCCCUGCAACUUAAGAGGUAAUAAAGGAAAAGCAGAAGGAAAAAAAAUAAACAUAACAGGUCGAUCAAAAUAGCAUAAGAGCAUGGCUUGCAAUGGCAUAUUGGUGUAAAUCCGCUCUAAUGGUGACUAAUACUUAUAAAGCUUAAAUAUCAGUCAUCAGGCCCAUGCCAGUAAAGGAGUUAUCCGUCACCCGAUUCCCAUAUCUGGAAAGCGCCAGGAGUGUCUUGGUGGGCAGUAAAGCGUCCCCAGCAGGUCUGGAUGCCCAGGCUGGUUUUGUAUGCUGCUGGUUCCCGCUGUGUAUGUCCAGGGUUUCUGUUUUCCAGCCGAGCCAUGCGGGACUCUUUGCCCAGUUGUCGGUGGAUGGGCCGGACUGCCUGUUGGGUCUGGAGCUGUUGCGGAGCAGCGUUUCUUGGCCCUGUGAUCUCAGGUAUCUUCAGGUGGGGUGAGUGGGCUUGUUGGGUUAUGUUGCUCCGGUGUGCCUUGUGUCUGCGCUUCAGGUAUAUUUUCAUCCUCUUGUGCUGGCUUGCCACCGCGACUUUGCCUCGUUUAUGGGGGCAGGUGGGUGUUAAUGAUUGCAGAGCUUUCUGGUGGCCCCUGGCUUGAGAGUGGUUAAUAAUCCUUUUCUUCCCGGAUACUGGGGCUCCCUGCUGGUCGGCAGGGUCUUUAGCUUCAGAUAUAGGAGGCUUGUGAGGUUUAUCCCGUCGGGUCUGGGUUUUGGUGAUUACCUGCCCGGUUGGGAGACCCUCUUGGUCCUCUGCGGGUGAGGUCCCUUAUGUGAGCAUGGGGGAGCCUCUCAUUCUCCUCUCUAGCCGAAGCCAGAAAGCCGCAAAGAUGGCGUAGAUUCUGUUGUCUGUAUUUUGCUGCGCUUCAGCCGAAGGCCCCUGUGGGCAAUCCGCCAUGUCAAGAUUAGUUACUUGCCGUUGGAGUUGGUGCCUCAGAACAGGAGAGCGGCCUCCUGGGACCGGGAUAACCCCCGCCGGUCCAUGGGGGGAGGACAAGGGCCCGUAGUCAGCCGUCCAGCCUCAUGUGGCGUUGGGAGAGCGGCUGCCUCUCCCGUGCCUGUCAUGCUUACAGGCCUCAUGGUACGGUCAGGGUAAUCUCGCGGGUAGAUCUGCAUGUUUGGUGUCUUCAGAAGCCCCUUAACUUCACCGCUUGCUUGAUAGCUUUAUUUGUCGAGUUUGGGUAGUUUUGAGGCAGUUAUAACGCAAUCUUUGCCUCUGUUAGCAGGAGCUGCUCUGAUUAGCGUCCGCUCGUCUUGGCAGUCAGGCCCCGCCCCCCUAUAAUUAUGAAGAUUUAUUGCUUUUCUUAGAUGUAUAUGAUAUUAAUUGUUUGCAAGUGUCAUUUUUCCUUUAAUUUCCUUUAGUCAAAUUAACUGAUGAUCCAUUGUUACAGGUUACAGUUUACUUGUUUUUUUUCUAGAUGUUGAAGUUAAAGGAAUACUCCAAUCACAUAGCGACUACAGUACGCUGUAGUGAUUAUGGUUCCAGGAGUGCCCUGGCACCUUCCCAGGGAAAGUUAUCAAACUGUUCGCUAGUGUUUGACAAAUAUCUGGGAUCUGCCAGACUCUAUUCACCUCCUCCUAUGUUGCUGCAAGCUGCAGCACUAAGCCAAGUCUCCUGAUGCAGUGCUUACCUCAUUAGAUGAGACCACUCAGCUGAUGCUUUCAGCCAAUGAGCUGGCCCUGCACUUAGCUCACUGAAGCUAAAGGAAGAACUGGCACUGACCCCGGGUAAGUUAUCAUACCGCUUGCAAGCAGUUUUACUGUUUUGCCUGGGAGGGUGUCAGUGUACACAUGGCACCAUAACUAUUACAGUGGGCUGUAGUGGCUCUGUUACUUGGAGUAUACCUUUUAACUCCAUUAUAAAAAGCCAGUAAAGUGCACAUUUUGGUAUAUAUUGAUUUUUUUUUUUCUCUAACAAUUGUUACAUCAUUGUAGUGUUUGUUUUAGACCUUUUGCAUUAAAACCUUACAUGUAUCAGCGCCCAGAGGAUAAUAAAAAUACUUUUUAUCCACAACCAAAUUUGACAUGAAUUUGGCAAUUCUUAGAUAAAAUUUGGAAUUAUCAUUACCACUUGCUCUGGUUCAGACCUGGCUAAAAUUAAUAGUCAAAUAUUGGCAAGUCUUGCAAUAUUCUACACAUGCUUAUGCAUAUGGCAGUUAUCAUGCCCAUAACUUGGAAACUGGGUUAAAUGUUAUAAACAUUAAGGUAAUGUAGCUUUUUAUUUAUUUAUUCAUUUAUUUAUUUCAUUUAUUCUUGCAGCAUUUCCAAGCACCCACGCAAGUACUAGUCAGACUGCAAGCAAACAAGUUGGAAUAGAUGAUAUGGAGAACUUCAGCCUCACAGUUAACCCUCUAAGUGAUCGGCUUUCCCUUUUGAGCACCAGCAGUGAAACUAUUCCAAUGGGAGUUUGUGAUUUUGAGCUACCCGAUCAACAAAUUGAGAUUCUUCAGAGCUCAGACUCUGGCUGUUCUCAAUCUUCAACUGGAGAUAGCCUUAACUACGAAGUUGAUGCAGAGAGCUUUACGGCUCAAGAUAAUGUCCAAGACUCUAGAGAAGAUUCUCCUGAUGAGAUAGUCCAACAAGUAAUUUCUGAUUUGAUAUGGAAAGUCCUUCGAGAACUUGGAGAAGAUACUGAAUCAAAUUAUCAUGAGGACUCGACAAACAAGAUAAAUAUAUUUAGCGCUUCGGUGGAUGAGGCAAAUGGUGAGGAAGAAGUCAUCCCUGAAAAUGAGAAUGGUCAUCUAGUCCGUGAUCCUUCCAACUUCUUGCCUUUGUCUGCAGAAACUGGCAUUGAAAGUCUAGCAAAUGCAAUAUCGAGAAACCUCUCAUCUCCUUCAAUCAUUAGCCAGCAAAACACAGCAGAAUUUACCUUGUCUUUAGCAGAAGCACAGCCAAGAAAGAGAAGCCACAGCAGCAUUCAAUUCCAUUUCAAAGGUAAAGUGACAGGAAAGGACUCUGGUUUCAAAGAUGUGAGCAAACAACCAGGAGCAAAGCCCAAAGUUAAAAUUACAAGAAGAAAAGAUGAGGACAAGAAGAGAACACAGAAUGAAAAGUUAAAGCAGGCCAGUGUUUUCUUCAGUGAUGGGUUAGAUUUAGAGAACUGGUACAGUUGUGGAGAAGGAGAAAUUUCAGAAAUUGAGAGUGAUGUGGGUUCUCCUGGCAAUCCGAAAUCUCCUCAUAUCAAUAUCCACCCUCUUUACCAGCAUGUGCUUUUGUAUCUACAACUUUACGACUCCUCUCGGACUUUGUAUGCAUUUUCAGCCAUUAAAGCCAUAUUAAAAACCAGUCCCACGGUAUUUGUAAAUGCCAUCUCUACCACCAGCGUUAGCAACGCAUACACUCCCCAGCUAUCUUUGCUCCAGAAUCUUUUGGCACGGCAUCGGAUAUCUGUUAUGGGGAAAGAUUUUUAUAGCAAUAUUCCCUUGGACUCGAACCACAAUUUCCGUAGUUCUAUGUAUAUUGAAAUACUUAUAUCUUUAUGCCUGUAUUAUAUGAGAAGCCACUAUCCGACUCAUGUUAAAGUAACACAGCAAGAUCUUAUGGGCAAUCGGAAUAUGCAAAUGAUGAGUAUUGAAAUUCUCACUCUACUUUUUACAGAGCUGGCAAAAGUCAUAGAAAGUUCUGCUAAGGGCUUUGCUAGCUUCAUAUCGGAUAUGUUAUCAAAGUGCAAAGUUCAGAAAGUGAUUCUUCACUGUCUCCUGUCAUCAAUUUUCAGUGCACAGAAAUGGCACAGUGAAAGAGUGGCAGACAAGAACAUUGUUGCCAUAGAAGAAGGCUUUUCUGAAGAUAGCCUCAUUAACUUUUCUGAGGAUGAGUUUGAUAAUGGAAGCACCUUGCAGUCUCAGCUCUUGAAAGUUCUUCAGGGUCUGAUAGUACUGGAACACCGUGUAUUGACUGUCCCUGAAGACAGUGAAGCAGGUUUUGAUUUUGUCAUCACCGACUUAGAACACAUGAACCCUCAGCAACCAAUGACAUCCCUCCAAUAUCUACACUCUCAGCCAAUCACAUGCCAAGGAAUGUUCCUAUGUGCGGUCAUUAGAGCUUUGCACCAGCAUUACACUUGUAAAAUGCAUCCUCAGUGGAUUGGCCUUAUCACAUCUACCUUGCCUUAUAUGGGGAAAGUCCUUCAAAAAGUUGUUGUUUCAGUUACAUUACAACUUUGCCGAAAUUUGGAUAACUUAAUUCAGCAAUACAAAUAUGAAACUGGAUUAUCUGACAAUAGGUAUGUCAUUUCCCUAAAUGGUAUUUAUUUUGGUGUGUUCAAUUCGUUAAUUUGGUUUAUAAAUAAUAAUAAAUUUGCUUUGUAUUCUAGGCCCCUAUGGAUGGCAUCCUUUAUCCCACCGGACAUGAUUCUAACACUGUUAGAAGGCAUUACAACAAUAAUUCACUAUUGCUUGCUGGAUACUUCAUCUCAAUACCACCAGGUAUAACCUCCACACUCCUGCGCUGGCCUGAAAGAGAGAGAGUCCAAUAGCUCACCCAGGGUUCUGUGGUUUGAUGCUUAUAGUUGCCUGUAACAUUCUUUUAUUUUGUUUUUUUAUUUGUUAUGGGUAGUAAGUGGAUAUGCCUUAACAUUCAGCUUUAUUUUAAUAAUGGUUUUAAACUUUCUUUCAGAAUAUGGAUUGAAAAAGCUGGUCAGAGUAGAGUAAUGUAACCAAAGGAAAGUAAUUAUACUGUAAUAACAGUGAAAAGCAAGAAAUUUGCAACUAAAGAAUAGUUCUCUACAAACAUGUAUUCCUGACCCUAUAGGCUUGCCCUCCCUUAGCCCCUCUUUAAAAGUAUAAAACUCAUCUUAUUUCCAGGGCUGCGCACGUCCGCCGGGGUUGGCUCCAUCCCCUUUGUGACAUAAUCGAAAUGGCCGAUUUUUAGCCUAUCCAAUGCUUUCCCAUAGGGAAAGCAUUGGAUUAGCUAAAAUCGACACAGGGGUAGGGCCACAUGCAGUUUUGGCCAAUCAGGACCUCCUCAUAGAGAUGCAUUGAAUCAAUGCAUCUCUAUGAGGCAAAUUCAGCGUCUCCAUGCAGAGCGUGGGGACGCUGAGCGUCAGGGCUGCCUACUGUGCAUCCCUGAGCCAGGAAGCCCCUCCCGUGGCCAUCUGAGGAGUGGCCACUUGGAGAUGUCCCUAGAGGCAAUGUAAACACUGCCUUUUCUCUGAAAAGGCAGUGUUUACGUAAAAAUGCCUGAAAGGGGCUAUUAUCCUCACCAGAACAACUACAUUAAGCUGUGCUUGUUCUGGUGACUAUAGUGUCCCUUUAAAUAGCAGGUCAGGGAGAGCAAUGCCAUCAAAGGACACUUGUUAAAUCAUCAUAACUGAGAACAUAUUGUGAUGCAAGCCAUGGUUGAGCUGUACCAUCAAAGAAGACUAGUUACUGUCAUCUAACAAAAGUCUAAAAUAUGAUCUAUUGAUCCUUGCCCCUGCCAUUUUAUUGCCAUUUUAUUUCAGAAUUAUUGUCUAUACGAUAUGUAAGUUGGCUUUACUUUAUAAAAAUAAGAUGAUCUGUAAAACCACGUCUUUACAGUUAUCAAAUUGAAAACUUACACCGAAUUGAACUGGGUAUCCAAGUCAUAGAAAGGUCUUGGCGUGCUGCAUAUUCCCACUAUAAUAAAAUAGCAAAUAUAAUUGCUAGAUAUUGGCAACCAAGAGUUGUUUUGUGUUCUUUUCAUCAUCUGGCCCAUUAUAUCAGUUCAUUUGUCACAUUGAUAAUUAGUCAUGUAUUACUGUGGUUGUAAUUGUAGCAUUUACUCUGUGGGUGUUGCAUUCUACUUAAAUCUCCUCUGAUAAUUUUCCCGAUGUCAUCAUACAAUAUGCAGUGAAUAAGUGAUAAAUCUGAAUUCCCAUCUAAUUAAAGCUGUGAUUUCACUAAAGGAUGCACCACAUGACGUGCCAUUCUCGGUUAUUAAAUAAAUUUAUAGAAAGAUGAUUAUUUGUACUUAAAUCUCUCUGGAGAUGCAAUAUGCACACAGUUUAAUGCCCAAACCUCUGUUUAGCAAUUGCAGUUCAUUUACAAUUUGAUGCAUUUCCUAAAUGAGUGAAAUUGUUUUACUCUAAAGACUAAUAUAAUCUUAUUGAUUUUCAAAACCGUAUAAUAUACUUUUGUUUUGUUUGUUGUGGUAAAUUGUACACUAAUAAAAAAGAGAAUAUGUGCAAGAUUUAAAACAAAAAAAGGUUAUUCAGCAGUAAAGUAUGAAUAAUGGUGUGAAAAAUAUUAAAAAUACUAAUUUCAUAAAAUUUAUCAAAAAUUCAUUGAUUUUUAUUAAAUCAAAAUUGAUAUCUUGGCACUGUUUCCCCGAUUAUUGAUUUAAAGCGGAGAAUUACCCACUAUUUUUAAUUCUCAUAGAUCCCGGAGUACAUUUCAUUAGAGAAUUUUAUCUCACACAUUAAUCACAAAUUUAAUUAUAAAAAUAAAAUUUAUUGUGACAAUAAUAAUGAUGAUAAUAUGUAACAUGCGUGAUAAUAAUCAGUGAAUAUUUAGGUACAAUGUAAGUAUACAAUAUAGCAGUGAAUUAACAUAAUUUGUAGAUAGUUCAAUCUACAAACAUUACAUCCACAUGUAUGCAGUUUUCAACAAGAUUUACGACAGGACACUUCAUCAGGUUUCUAAAACUUCCUUAACACAGAACACAGCAGCACAGCAUAAAGCAAUAAAAACUUUAGCUGACAGUCAAAUCACACUGAAUUAACUCUUUCACCGCUGGCUGCAAUUCUCAUAGGCAAGAUAUCCUUUUAUAUUGCAAUUUUACAAAUACAAUAUUUCUCAUACUAGAUCAUUGACCAUUCCUAUGUCCAUUCAGUAAGAAUAAUUCUAACCAGAUUUUACAUUUGCAGAAUUUUAACUUUCUUAUUUUUAUUUUUUUUAAUUCUUUAUUUUUUGGUGCAGGGAAUUACAAAAUAGACUGCCUUGUCACAACAACAUAUACAUAACAUUUCGACAUUGUCAUUGCAUGAUAGAGAAGAGCACAUUUUGUUUAGGGAUAUAUUGUUCACGUUUAAGCUUUAGAUUUUUUUUAUAACAGCCCUGCGUAGUCUUGAUGGUCGUGACUGUUAACAGAAUUUUGUGCAGGGAUUGAGUGAGUGUGUAUUCGUAUUAACAAUAUGAUAGUAGGAUGGCUAGAGUGAAUCAAAAUGAUGCUGUCGGUAGCUCGGUGUUUGAUGUACCUACGUCGACAUGGGUUAAGCUCUGAUAUAAUGCUGGUACAUCUACAUAGUAUAUGCUGCUCUUGUGCAGCAUUAAACAUGUUGGUCUGCCGAGGAGAAUAUGUGUGUCUGACGCUCAGAGCCAUCUGGUCUGUCCUGGGCGUUAUGUGGGUAGGUGUACUGUGCUUUCACGUUCUCCUGAGGGUGUGGGGGGAGUGUGAAGGGCUAUGGUUGACUCGGUCUGUCGGUCAAUUCAAGAGUGGGUUGUUCACGUGGGGGCAUCCCUUUGUAUUGUGCUGAGUGUGGAAAGAAAAGUUAAACGGGAGGGAAAACGUAAAAUAGUCAAAACUCUUUAGCUCCUUCGAGCUUAGGGUAGUCCUGCCGGUUUAUUCAACUCUGUGAGGCUGCGUGGUGUGAUAGUCCCAGUGUCCAUAUCUGGUGUCGGCUGCAACGAAUCCAUAGGGUAAGAGGACAGGGUAUCUUUGCCAGCUGUCUGAGGUGUCUCAGGUGGCGUUUGGUGUCUUGGGUUCCCUCCUGGUUUCCCGUGGAAUAAAUGGAUGGGCAUUAGCUGGGUUCCAGGUGUGGGUGGUAGCAAUUGACCCACCAUUAGUUAUUGAGUCCCCUGGGAGCCCCAACACCUGCAACAGUCCCUUUGCUCCCUGUAUGUCGUGGACUGGGUGUGUGGCGUCUCCAUAUUGUACCUGCAGUGUGCGUGGUGAUCUCUAUCUAUACAGGUUGUUCGCUCUUAAUAGGGCCGUGAAGGGCUGGAGACAGCGGUGCCAUGCAAGUGUGUUCCCCGAUAGGUCUGCGUAGAAAGAGAGCGCCAUGCUUUCAAAGGAAUAUGGAGAGCGGUUGUGCACCGCGUUGAGGACUGCGGUUUUGUCUUUGCUCCUCUGGAACCGGAUGAUCAGGUCUCGUGGCGCAUCCGCCGGGGCCUUAGCCGGUUUGGGUAGGCGAAACAUCCCCUUGAUCUCCACCGCUUUCGCUUGUUUGGGCGAUAGGAGCGCUUGGAGCAGUCUGCGUACCAGGUGAGGUAGCUCUGCCUCUGCCGUAUUUUCAGCGAUCCCCCUGACUUUGAGGUUUAGGCUUCUCCUGUGAUCUUCGGCCGCCGCGAGCCUCAGAUACGUUUUUGCUUGUUGCUGCGUCAGCUCACGUACUGUUUGUUGCAGCUGUGAUAUUUGCUUCGCAUUUUGGUUGGUGUCCUGUUCCAAUGUGGCCAUACGGCCUGUCAGGCCUCUCAGGUCUUGUCGGAUUUGGGCCACGUCGGCCUGUAGUGUGUGUUGUAGGCCCGCAAGCAGGUUUUUCAGGAUCGCUGUUGUGACUGGGGCCGAGUCUGGUGGUGCAGGUGGUGGCUUGGGGGCCGGUAGUGUUAGUCCCUGCUCCUCCGCUGCCCCAUCCGAGAAAUCAUCCGAUAUGUCGGAGGCGAGGCCUGCAUAGGCGGCCAUCUUUGCUUCCUCCGCUCUUUGGGCCUGUCGCCAGAGGUCCCCUAUAUUUUUGCUCGUGCUGGGCUUGUCUGGCUUAGGUUUCUUGGUCUUGCGACCCAUUGUGUCUUCGCCUUCCCGAUGUUUCGUUUUGAGCUUGUGUUUAAAGGGAUAUUUGCCCUUUUUUUCCGUUAUAGUGGCUUGUUGGCGCCGAGCUGUUCCAACAUGCAGCUAUUCAGUUCAACGGCUUGGCUCCACCCCCGAAUUUUAACUUUCUUAAUUAAGAUUCACUAUUUCUAAAUUACGUAAGCUAAUAUAUCUGGAUAAUUGCCUGGUAUCCUAUUUUUAAAGUUAAAAGUGAUAUAGAGUUCAUUGGUCCACCUGCAGGAAUGGAAUUACAGAUUCUAUAUCUUAUUAAAUGAAUCAUCACUCCUUAAUUUUGGAAUCACCAGCUUUUAUCCAAGUAUAUUCUGCUUUUUAGUAAAAUCAAUUAAUUUAAAUUAAUUGAAUUAACUUAAAUAAAACCAGCUUAAUUACCAGUUAUGUUGUAGAGUUUUUAUCAGAUUUGUAGAUCUAUCCCAGGAAAUUUGAAUGCAAGUAUGGUGAGAAUUGUGGGAAAUUUAGAAAAGUUUUCAGAGUUCUGAAUUUUAAAGAAUUUCAAAGUUAAGUGUUAGUUGGAAAAGAUACAAAGAAUUAGGUGUGUCCAGCUUUGGCUCCAGAUGUCAGAUCUUAGAUGUUAGAUGGGAGUCCAUCCUCAGAGUGAGUGUGAGAGUCUCCCUCUCUCCUUUGUCCUUAAUUUUUAAAGGAGAACUUCUCUAUACGUCACUAGUUGAUAGUAACCAAUAGAGAAAGGUGGGCGUGUCUUCUCUACAGACUAUCAUCUAGAUUUUGGUCAGUAGAUGACGCAAUUACCAUUUACCUUUUUGUAUAAUGGGUUAACUGAAUUUCGCGAUGCGUUUGAAGUCAUCUUGGUUAUCUUUAUGAUUACCUAUUCGUCAAAGACAUGUCACUCUUCAAAGGCUUUUCUUUUGUUUUUCCAGACUUACUGUCUGGUUUUGGUGUCCUAAAAUUAGAAUUUUUGACACCUGUAGCCUUAAUUUCACCCUUCCUUACUAUGGAACUUUGUAAGAUUUUUUAAAUAAAAUUAAUUACUUAGUGUUACCUGUCAUUGGUAACCCUGUGCCUGGAUUCUUGUGUGAAGCUGUGUGUAGCACACAUUACACAUAUUCCACUAACAUUAGUAAAUAAUAUGACAUUUCUUCAUUGAUAUUAUCCAUGAAUAUUCUAUAUUAUUAACAUAGUACUAUUUAUAUAUGAUUAAUAUAAUUAUAGUUGGAUGUAUGUGGAUUGUUAGUAAAUCACUAACAGGACACCCAGCUGCCUUUAUUUCAGAUGGAGUUUAAGUUUCCAAUGUCCGCUUCCUUUUUUUUAAGAAAGUGUGGAAAAAGACAAGAGUCCAGCAAUUUCUAUCUUUGCAGAAAAUAAUAUGACAUUAUUUUAUUGAUUCAACUUGAAACAGGAAUUCAACUACGCAAUUAAUUUCCUAUAAGUGAGAUUCUAGUUUAGAUUUAUAUAUAUAUAUAUAUAAAUAAAAUAUUUAUUUGUCUCAGGGUUGUAGUAUUCAACCCCCCCCCCCUGUAGACAUCAUGUCUUAUCUCUGCCAAUGUUUACAUUAGUCGCAUUCCUUAGCUCAGGCGUUUUUUAGAGAGAGAAAAAAAAUUGUGUCUGUCUUUGCAUUGUGAUACAAAAGUUACAAUAUACACUUUAAAUUUCUGUCUUAACACAAAAUGUCUGCCAGCAUAAAUAUACUGACAAUGGGUAAUUCAAAGUGACAAAAUAGCCGAUUUGUAAAAAUUCUCCAGGUCAGCUUUGUUAGGGCAAAUUAACAUUUACAUUUUUACAUAUAUGUUAAAAGCAGGUCUGUCCCUCACCCCCCCUUAUAAAAAAAAAACCCAAAAAAACCUGCUGCUGGAAAUUUGCCAAACUCCGCUAUUGUCUCAUUGACUGUUGAGCCUUGCUGAUUUAAAACCAUAAUAUAAGAUUUUUUUGUUGGAUGUAACACAUAUUUCUGUAAUUUUAUUUGGGUUUCUCUGACAGCUUAUGGUAAACAUAGAUCAGAAGCACUUACUUGAAGCCCGUACAGGAAUCCUGUCAAUACUACAUUUGAUAAUGUCCUCUGUCACCCUUCUCUGGAGUGUCCUGCAUCAAGCUGACUCUUCAGAAAAAAACUUCACUGCUGCUGCUGCUUCUGUUACUACAAUAAACCUUGGAUCAACAAAGGUUAGAUGCUAUAGUACUUUUAAGCUACUAGAUUUUUUAACUGUAAUAAUUUGUCAUGAUAGACCCAUAAGAGCUGUCAAUCAUACUGCCAAAAUUAUAUAGAUAUUGGUGUUUCCUUAUGUUUCAGAUGGAGUUUAAAAAAACUCCAGGGAACAGCGAUGGAUUUCUAAAAAGAAAAUAAUUUAUAGUCUGCAUUGGAUAUUUCUAUUGUCUUAUGUAUUUGUUUGACUUCUUAACAUGUCUGUUCAUUUACACUGUGUUUGUUAGUAAACAGAUUUAAAAGUAGUUGUUUUGUUUUUUUCUUUUUAUCUUUUAUAGAACUUAAGACAGCAGAUUUUGGAGCUCCUGGGCCCUAUCUCCAUGAACCAUGGCGUCCAUUUUAUGGCAGCUAUUGCGUUUGUAUGGAAUGAGAGAAGAAGUAGCAAACACUCUGCACGCACAAAGGUAAACGUCAUCACAUUUAUAUAUCCAUCAGACCUUAGCACAGAGGCAAAUAGCUAUUUAUCCGUUGUAUAGACCCGCAAAUACAGUAAUAUAAUUUUCAUAGUAUGUGAAAUGAUGAUGUGAAAGAUAAUGCUUUCACCUUGCUCACAAUAAUCUUGAUAUCUUGCAUUGUGGUAGCACUGUGACUAAAACACAAUGGCAGGAGUUAGUGAAUUCUCACAUACAAGCCCUACAAUACAGCCUCUCAAGUUAGUCCUUAGUGACCACCAAUAAUGCAAAAUCUAGAGACUAUAAAUUGUGUCCCACUGAAAAGAUUGAUGAAACCUCGUUCUUGAAGACUUAUCUGAGAAGUAGAACUUUAGAAACCUCUGCGCCUAACAUUUCUCUAACAAAAGUUCUUAAUGUCCAUAAUAGAAAACUGGUAAUAUGGAGUUACUUUCCAUCCAUCACGUUAAGACUUCUACCAAACCAGCAGCCAGAGCAAUGUACGUGGCUGCUUUGCUGGAUUCAUUAAUUAAAACUGUGAUGGCAGUAAAGUGUUUCUUGCAAGGUCUUUUAUAGAAUAUGGCCAAACCUUUACUCCUCCCCACUACCAAAUUGUUCCAAAUGUCCUCCACUGAAACUGUCAAGCAUACGUUUGUUACCAGGGGCCUUGUGUUUGUGCUAGUUGUAAAUUUCAACCCAGGUAAUUGUAUAAUAAAUUGGUAGUGGGCACCCUAUCCACUGAGACUCCUGUUCAUCUUUAUUUAUAAAAACAUUUUUUAUACAGGUUAUCCCAGCAGCCAGUGACGAGCAGCUUUUGCUGGUAGAAUUAGUUCGCUCUAUUAGCGUGAUGAGGACAGAAACGGUCAUACAGACUGUGAAAGAGGUAUUGAAGCAGCCACCGGCCAUAGCCAAGGACAAGGUAUGCUGUUUAAUGUAUUUUUUUAUUCUCAAUGUAUUUGCAGUCUUUUCAAUACAUAGUUUAGGUAAAUACAAUCGAUUUCUUUUAAUAUAAGAAUAUCUGUCAGUUAAUUGUCUGGUGUGUGAAAAUGUUGUAGACUUGCCAACACUUUCAUUAGCAGAGAUGUAACCAGGGAGGGGGAUUUAUCAAAGUGUGAAAUUAAAAGUGGUGCAGAACUGUUAAAAUGGCAUAUAAUGUGUUAUAUUUUUUUGCAACUGAAAAGCAUUUGUUUUGUGUUACAUUUUAGAAGCACCUUUCCCUUGAAGUCUGCAUGUUACAGUUCUUUUAUGCGUAUGUUCAGAGGUAAGUAUAACUUUAAACAGAUUGCUAUGUAGUUCCAUUCUUCAUCUUUACCUCUUUUCCCAUAAAUACUGAGGUGUGAUUAUAACAGAUCACCAGAUCCAGAAAUCACUUUUGUUUUAAAUCAUAUAUCUCACACCAAAUAUUGUAAAAUAUAAUUUUUCCUAUAUUGCUUAGUCAAAUGGUAGCAUGAUGCUUCUUGGACAAAUGUAGAACAAUUCCUCUGGUUAGGAGGAUAGGUUGGCUUUGGACAGUAUUUUUGUUUUUGGGGGAGAUGGGUACACCUAAGUAAGAAUCAUGCUAACCAAAAAUUAUUUUAUUAAAAAAAAGUAUUUUGGUUGUAGUAACCCUUUAGCAACCUAAAACAGGACACCCAGCUGCCUUUAUUUCAGAUGGAGUUUAAGUUUCCAAUGUCCGCUUCCUUUUUUUUAAGAAAGUGUGGAAAAAGACAAGAGUCCAGCAAUUUCUAUCUUUGCAGAAAAUAAUAUGACAUUAUUUUAUUGAUUCAACUUGAAACAGGAAUUCAACUACGCAAUUAAUUUCCUAUAAGCGAGAUUCUAGUUUAGAUAUAAAAUGCAUUUUUCACAAACUCAGUGUUUCUUAAACUUUAUCACCUCGAUUAUGCUCGCACAGUGCUACAUAGGUUCUUAUAAUCCAUUACCCGGAACGUGGGUUCUCCAUCGAACAGAUUAGUCUAUGUACACUUGUGUAAACUAAAUAGUCAUAAAAAUAAUUGUUUAUUUCAAUAUUUUAGAAAUGUAGCUUUAUUCAUUUUCUCUAAUUAAAUCAUAAAACCAAAUUGUUCCUUAAAGAAAUAAAGGAAUUCAAAUCUUGCCUUGUUAAUUUUGAAUGAUUUCUCUUAGGAUUGUUGUGCUUGUCUGUUCUAAUUCGUUAUUAUCUUUGGCAGGGUUCCGGUGUCCAAUCUCGUAGAUAGCUGGGGAUCACUACUUGUCCUUCUGAAAGACUCAAACCAGCUCAAUCUUCCAGCACCAGGACAGUUCUUAUUACUAGGGUAUUAAAAUGCUUUGUUUUUUUCAUAUAGUGAGAGCUCAUAUUCUUGAAGUAUGGAACUUAAGUGAGGAAUCUCUUUUUCUGUUUCUUUAUUACAUGAAAAUGUAAUUUUAAGCUAGAACAAAGUUGUCUUGCAGUGGUUGAUCUCCAGCUCCUUUGAUUGACAGAUGAUCUGUAAAUUACAUAUCAUCUUCAGGCAGAAAUAUUGCACUCAGGUGGCACUUCAAAUCUAUUUUCUCAAAAUACUGAACAAAUAAAUUAUAUAAAUGAUAUUGUUCUGCCAGGAUCCAAUAUCUUGGAGUAACAAUAUUAAAAAAAAAAAAAAAAAAUAUAUACACUUAGCCAUAACAAAUGUGCACAUUACAUUAGACAAAAUGUAUUAAUAUAAAUUCUUUAUAUUCCAAGUGCGACGUCACUUUAAGGUUAACACUCGUACAUUUAAUAUGCAGCUAGAGAGGGAACUGUAAUCCUGAAAAGCGCUGGGUUGAUGGAGCAUUUUAAUGAAUAACUGGGUAACUUGUCUAUGAUCUUUCUCUAAUUAUACAUAGCCCGUAGUUUCAGAUUAUUGUAUCAUGUAUAUACAUUAUUUAGAAUGUUUUGAUGUUUUAGGUAAAAUAUAAACAACAUCUUUAUUCCAUUGCCAGGAAUCCUGGGAUGUUUAACCCCUUAAGGACCGGACUGUUUUUGCGAUGUUGUACAUUUGCGACCAGGCAUAUUUUUACACUUUUGUGGUGUUUGUGUUUAGGUGUAAUUUUCCGCUCUCUCAUUUACUGUUCCCAUACAAAUUAUAUAUUGUUUUUUUCAGGACAAAAGGGGCUUUCUUUACAUACCAUUAUUUAUAUAAUCUCAUGUAAUUUAAUUUAAAAAAAUAUGUAUAUAUGAUGGAAAAUUGAAAAAAAUACAUGUUUUUUGACUUUUACUUGAAAAAUCUUUUACUCGUCUACAAAAAUGAAUGAAAAAAACUGCUAAAUAGAUUCAAAAUUUUGUCCUGAGUUUAAAAAUACCCAGUGUUUACGUGCGUUUUUGCUUUUUUUUGUUGUUGCAAGUUAUAGGGCUAUAGGUACAAGUAGGAUAUUGCGGUUUCAAAACAUACAUUUUUAAAAUGUAUCAAUAGUUACAUUGUAACACUAUUAUCUGUCAUAAAUCUCUGAACAACACCCCACAUAUACAUAUUUUUUUUUAAAGUAGGCAACUAGUAGCCAGUUAGUCGAAAACACUGGCCAAAGUUAGCAUUCAUAUUUGUUUGUGUGUGAAAAAAAUAAAAAAAUAAAUUGAACGCUAAUUUUGGCCAGUGUUUGUGACUAAGUGGUUACUAAAAAAGACUGGACAUACCCCAUUUGCAAUACCUUGGGUUGUCUUCUUUUGCAAAUGGUAUGCCAUCAUGGGGGUAAUUCUCAUUCCUGGGCUACCAUACGCUCUCAAAGGCAACGUAACCAACCUGGCCAUUUUCAAUGUAAAAAUAUUUGACCCAUAUAUUUGACCUUGUAACUUUCAAAAAUGCUAUAAAACCUGUACAUGGGGGGUACUGUUUUACUCGGGAGACAUCGCUGAACACAAAUAUUAGUGUUUAAAAACUGGAAAACGUAUCACAACAAUUAUAUCAUCAGUAAAAGUGCUGUUUGUGUGUGAAAAAUGCAAAAAAGUAACUUUCACUGACAAUAUCAUCGCUGUGAUAUGUUUUACUGUUUUGAAUCACUAAUAUUUGUGUUCAGCGAAGUCUCCCGAUUAAAACAGUACCCCCCAUGUACUGGUUUUAGGGUGUCGUAGAAGUUACAGGGUAAAAUACAGUGCUAGCAAAUUAAAUACUCUUUCGGCCUGGGUUGGCAGGCAGGUCCCUCAAAAUUGCAAUCAAUAAAAUUACUUAAUUAUGUAAAAAUAUUACAUAAAUACGCACGUAGAAUUUAAAUAUAUAUGCAUAUUUAUAUAUUUGAAGUCUACGUGUAUAUUUAUAUAAUUAUUUAUGUAAUUUUGUAUAUGGACAUAUGUAUAUUUCGUAUUAUUUUUAUUUAUAUAUACAUAGAUAUACAAUUUCAUUCUAAGUGUAUUUUGAUAUAAAUAUAUAUAUAUUACUAUCAAAAUACAGUUAGAAUAAAUUUUCAUAUAGAUAUAUAAUUUUUUUUUACAUUUUUUAUUAUUUUUACAUGUUUUAUUUAAAUUACUUAUUAUUUGUAUUUUAUAAUAAUAUAUAUAUACAAUAUAUAUAUAUAGUUAUUAUAUAUAUUAUAUAUACAUGUGUAAUUUAAUUAUAAGUGUAUUUUUAUAUUAUAUGUACAUAUUAAUAUAAAAAUACACUUAGUAUGACAUUAUAUAUAUAUAUAUAUAUAUAUAUAUAUUUAUAUAUGAUAUAUAGACAUAUAUUAUAUAAAUAUAAUAUAUAUAUAUAUAUAUAUAUAUAUAUAUUUAUUUUUUUUAAAUUAUCAAUUACUUUAUUUUUAUUUUAACCUAGCAGGGAGACUGCCUGUCAGCACAGACAGUCCCCCUGCAGGCAGACACAUGGACACCUAUUGCGACCAUGUGAUUGCUCUGUUGAGCGAUCACAUGGCCACAGGGGUCCUAAUAUGCCAUGGGGAGACUGUCUGGGCUGCAGGCAGUCUUCCCACACCGGGAGCGCCGCCGGGGGAAUGACGGCGAUCCGGUAAGUACCUCUGACCGUUAGGACGGUUCAGGACCGUCACCGGUCGGCAAUGUAAAAAUGCCAAUCUCGGUCCUUAAUGGGUUAAAUGCAUGGACUAACAUGGUUAUUCAUUAAAGCAAGAAUUGCUGGGAAUUCAAAGUGAAUUUCAAAUCGAAUGCCAAAAUAGCCAAACUGAACACAGAAUUGAAUUUAAAGAUUUUUCUAAAUUGAGUGUUUUAGCCUAAAUACACUUUGAUUUUCCGGUAAUUCCCACUUGAGUGAAUUACCCUGUAAGAAACAGAUUUAAAUCCCUAACAACUUACUGACAAUAGUUGAAUAUCCCUUAAUUAGAGAUUAAGCAGAUUUUAUAUGUCUGUUGUUUUCUAUUUCACCCUUAUUGGCAUCACUUGACAUUAUGCAGUGAACUGGCUACCAGCAUAUUUAAACUUAACUACCACUCCUUAAUGCCCUCAAUUCAUAGGCUUUUCAGUCUACUCUACUGGCAGAUCAGAGUGAUACAUGGAUUUUAUAUGACCGUUAAAUGUUGCCACACUUGUAAAAUAGCUAAAGCUGCUUAUGCAUGUUGGCUACUAAAUAAUCAGCCAAUGUUUUCAUCAUCUUGCACUAACAAAGAAAUUAUUUACGCCAUGACACUUUAUCUAUAUAGUCUGAUUUGAUUUUCCACUCACUGUCUUUUCUAGUGUUCUCAAUGAAUUUAUCAUGAACAACCCUACUUUGGAAAACAAGAAGGACCAGAGGGAUCUCCAGGUAAGGAUAUAUAAAUUUGUGGAGCAGGUUUGUAUCCUUUGCUGGAAAUGUAAAGGAAUGCUAUGGUAUCAUUACUAUGAAAAUGUUGCUAAUAAUAGUAAUUGCUUUCUUGCAGUCAUGGCUCACUGAAUUAUUGAGACUUUCAUAGGGAUUUGGCCACAAUUUUACACCCACAAGUAUUUCUUUAAGAUGGAUAUUUUAGAACCAUUAUAUAGGCAUAUGUAAUUUACAGAGACCAAUAUGCCCCAUUUCUGUCUGGAUACAUGUGAAAGACGCGAAGAUUUAAAAAAAAAAAAAACAAACAAAAAAAUCGACUAUUUUAAUGAUUCUAUGAAAUUAUUUAUGUACUGUUAUAAUGCCUGCUUCAUAGGUAGAGGUGUUAAAGGCAUACAGAGAAUUAAUCCCCAACAAUGGCACAACUAGAAAAAUGUUAAUUGAUCACAUUAUAGUUCCCACCACCACCGUUUUUUUUUCUCUCUCUCACUGCCAAGCUCUUUCCCCAAAAAUAAAUGCAAGUAGUGUGUAACAUUUGUGUAUAUUUCUAUCUCGCAAAAAAGCGUAACAGGAUAACCCUUAUAAUGUAGUAUUUAUUGUAAAUAAACAAAGUAGGGAAAUCAGACAAGGUACCUUCACAUGGAUCUGAUAAGUUCACGUAUAAACCCAUAAGUCUAUUUUAAUGCAGAAUCUCCGAGUCCUCUCUGCUGUCUUCCUUUUAAUUUAAAAAAUACCGCUGUGCACACCACCACUUUCAGUUGCACCAUGUACCGAAGGUACGGCAUCCGAUAAGGUUCCCAAAGUUACAACUUUGUGACUGUGCUAAUCUUUCAUGUUUCACAUGGGGUAGAACCAUGGUGACUUAUGGUAAAAGGGUUAGAAACAAUAGCACCUAUCCUAAGAGAAAGUGAAGAAUUUUAAGACAGAGAGAAGUACAUAGGAUAUUUCAAAUUUGUGUGCCUUAUACAAUGCGGAUUAAAUAAAGACUUAGAUUUAGCAGCUUUUUAGUUCAUAGGAUUAUCAAUUUAGUAUAUUUGUGUUUGCAUCCAAUCUUAUCAGUGCUUGUGUGAAGGCACCUUGUUCGUGAGUACCCUCCUUGGGGGAAGGGAUGGGGGGGAGGGGGGCAGGUUUAAUUGUUUUAUGCCUUAUACAAUAAGUACUACACUAUAAAGGGUUAUCCUGGUUGAGCUUUUUUUCACAUAGAAAUAUACACAAAUUUCCUAAUGAUAGCUAAGUGGAGGAUGCUAAAAGCAGGAAUUGCUGCACAGAACCCUGGACUGUUUAUAUUUUAUCGGCUAUAUCCUGGGAAAGAAAGUGUAUCAUAUUUUUAUUGGAUGCUAUUUAUGUUUAGAUAAUUUAGGAUUUGUGUAGCGUGGUGUUUUAUGAAUACUCUUUUUCUCUUUUUGGUUUGGUGGUGAGGAGGUUGUGAAGAUAAUAAUCCCACUCCUACGUGUGGUUUUUGUUGUUUUUUUACAGUGUGUAACAUUUAUUUUAAAUAGUCCUUAAUUCAAUAGUCUAGUUUGCUCUUUAUCUCAUAUUUCUCCCAUUUCAGAAAUAUGAGAUAUUAACAAUGUAUUACGGCGUGCCAUCUUUCUGGAUAAUAAAAAUAUUACUCUCGUUAAAGUUUGUUAGCAUAUAAUAAAAGUGUUUGAAUACCAUGGCCAGGGCUAGAUACUAACCAGCCAUGUAUAUAAACUUUUUGUCAAGGUUUGUCAUUUGAUAACAUUAUAUGUGUGUGAAAUAAUGUUGUCUUGCUUGUUCCUUUCAUAAUUUUAGGAUGUCACUCAUAAGAUAGUUGAUUCCAUCGGUGCAGUUGCAGGUUCAUCCUUGGAACAGACUACAUGGUUAAGGAGAAAUCUAGAAGUCAAACCGUCCCCCAAAUUAACUGUAGAUGGGCAAACACAAGAGUCUAAUGUUGAAGGUACCUUAUGCCUUGAUUUAAUCACUUGUGUAAAUGGAUUUGUUUAAAUGGAUUUGUAAAUGGAUUUGUUUUUCACAGUCAUCAAAUACACAUACUCUUAUGUAUGGUCCAUUAACAAAGUGCCAUGUCCUUAAUUUUGUAGAUAUUAUGCUAGCUCCAGCCAUGGAAAUCUCCAAUAUUACUCCUUCAGUUUACAGUGUGCAUGCCUUGACACUGCUUGCCGAGGUAAGAAAGUUACAGUGUUUUGUCUGCUAUGACAGGAGUGGCUGGAAAAAUUGAUGUAUUUCUAAAGCACCUGUUUCUGACUUUAUCAGAAUGUUCUUUUUACUCUGAAAUAUUUUUGUUUAUCUAAUGUGAAUGAGUUAAAUGGUGCAAUGGGUAGUACUUAUUGUAUAAGGUCAUUGACAAGCAUUUAUAUUUGAGAUCUUUUCUAGAAAACAAAAUCAGAGGCUAUGUGAAAAAGGGCAAUUUUUUACUUUUAAAUACUUCUCUAAUCUUAAAAUCCAAUGCAUUUAUGAGCCCUACGCAUAUUAUAGAGCAGAGGUUCUAUUAUUAAUUUUCAGAUGUUUGCAAUAUAAAAUAACCCCAGUUUACUGUGGUUGUACAGGUGGACGGUAGAGUGGUAAUAAGUGCACUUGGCCUGGCUGGUAACUUAACACAAACAAAUGUGUCAUAGAGCCUUCACAUGUAGAGGUAUUACACUGAAUUUGAACAAAUGUUUCAAUGAAAUGACAUCCAGUACUGAUGUUAUUUUUUUAAUCAGUGGGAAGUGGAGGAUAAUUCUAUUAGCAAUAAUCCAUAAACGUGAUACCAUUCUUGUGAAUUAAUAGCUUAGGGAUUUCUUUUGUUGCUGUUCAGGUUCUGGCCCAUUUGUUGGACAUGGUGUUCUACAGUGAUGAGAAGGAGAGAGUUAUUCCUUUAUUGGUGAAUAUUAUGCACUAUGUAGUCCCCUAUCUUCGUAACCACAGGUAAUUUUAAUAUGAUUCCUCUAUACUAUACCCGUCACUGUUUUGAGUGUGUCACCAAACUUUUGUUUAGUGUAAUUUACAUACUGACAUACAGAAAUGUGUUCUAGGUCUAAUUCAAACACAUGAAAUGCGCAUUUUCUCUCUACUGUGUUGUUUCUAAAAUAAAUAAUUUUCCCUAAUAUGCAGCGUGCAGUAUAUUUGCUACAUUGCUGGUGUAUCUGUACAUAUCAAUUUGAGAAGUAUAAUACUGUUCCCACUAUGCUUUUAUUGUUGCAGUGCCCAUAAUGCACCUAGCUACCGUGCCUGUGUGCAGUUACUGAGCAGUCUCAGUGGCUACCAGUAUACACGGCGGACGUGGAAGAAGGAAGCAUUUGACCUGUUUAUGGAUCACAACUUCUUUCAGAUGGAUGCCUCCUGUGUUAGUCAGUAAGACUCGUCUCUUAAUUUUACAAUGAGUUGCAUAGAAUAUGGUAAAAGGUGCUUGUUUGCUUUAAUGGCCCUAAGGGAAAACUCCAGGCACCAUUCUUGAAUGGUGUAACACAUAAGUUGCUGCCAGCAGCAAUGUCCACUAUCUCCCCUCCUCCCCCAUUCUGAAUUUUUACUUACAGGAAUCGUGGAGAGUGCCGUCGUGCAGGGGCAAUGCUGAUUGGCUGAGAGCAGUCAGCAGACACUCUCUGCCAGUCAGUGACUCCCCAUUCGUUAAACCAGCCACUCAGCUGGCCAAUCAGUGGCGCCUCUGCCCGGUGACACUUUGCACUUCCUGUAAGUGAAAAUUCAGAAGCCGGAUGCCGACUGGGGAUGAUGGAGACCAGCGAUGGAGGGGUAAGAGUGCUUCCAAGGGUCUACUGGCUCCAUAACAGCUUUAUUGAAAGGCAGUUGUUAUGGUGCCCAGAGUGUCCCUUUAAGUACCCAUAAAUGAUUUACAUUUUGAAGAUAUUGAAAUAUCAUACAUACCUUAAAAUUAUUGUCUAAUAUUUUCUACAAGUACUGCCAAAGCCCAUAUUUAAAAGGGACAUUAUCUCUAAUACCAUUUAAUAUUUUAUUCAUAUGCUAUUGGGUAGAAUGAGUUUGGAGAGCUGGGGUAUAGCUUACCAUUAAUGAUCCAAACCUGAGCACAGGUAGGGUAACGAAUAAUACUGAACUAACUGACUCACGUGAGCCCAGUGUGAACAUCAGUCACUAAGGGGUUAACUGGUAUUUUAGAGUUUCACAGAGCUGCCUUUUUAUCUUUUACUGGCUGCACUCUGCUCACACUUUUAUUUCUUUACUUAGCUGGAGAUCUAUUAUGGAUCAUCUCAUGACACAUGACAAAACCACGUUUCGGGAUCUGAUGAGUAAGUCCUGGUGUUUUCUAUUGAUGUUUCUUACCUGCUUAAUGCAAUAUGGUGUGUAGGAAGAGAUCACACUUGAUGACUUCGGAAGAGAAUAGAAAUGUUUUUUUAAUUUGCUGUUACAAUCAAACAGAAAUGUGUGCUCUACCACACUUUAAUAAAAAAGUGAUGCGUGAAAAGUAUAUAUAUAUGUAAAUAGCAAUUAAGGAACUUGUUGAAUAAAUCCACACUACAAUAAGGGGUGAGUAUACAGAGGUAAAUGGAAAGAGAUAUAAAAUAAGGGUUAAAUACACAGCUCUUGGAGAAAUGCAUUAAUAUAUAAGCCCAGUAGCAACACUUUAAUAAAAAAAUAAAAACACUCCAGAAUGGCUGAUAUUUUGGAUGCCUGUUGCAUAUAUAGUUAUAGAGUUCCGCUGCUAGAUAUUCCUUAUAUAUAAUAUAGCUUAAACACAUGACAUUACUUCUCGCAAACGGUAUAAAUCCUGCAAAUAUUAUGGAAGUAGCCUGCAUUGUUGAGAGCUUCUAAUUAAGCUAAUGUAUAGAGAGGCCAGCAGUUCUUAUUUUGUGCACUUGUUUUUUUUUUUUUUUUUUAGUAGAUUGCAAGGGGUGAUGUCUGUUUCAUUAUUUGUUUCAGCACGAGUAGCUGUGGCACAGAGUAGUUCUCUCAAUCUGUUUACUAACCGUGAUGCGGAGCUGGAGCAGCGAGCCAUGCUUCUCAAGAGACUGGCCUUCGCCAUAUUCAGCAGUGAGAUUGACCAAUACCAGAAGUUUCUACCAGAUAUUCAAGGUCAUUACCUAUACGUGUAGGGGGGUCUAUACUGCUACCUUAAAAUCUUAGAGUUGCCAUACAUGCAGGAGUGAGUGGUUUAUUGCUUGUACAUAUAGCAGACUCAAUUAUUUUCCGAGUGAUGAGAUCCAGACUUGCUUUACAUGGCCAACAUUGUGGUAUAAAGCACAAUUUUACUUUGUUGUUUGGAUACAUGUAUAUUUUAGCUUAGCAGAACUUAUGACAGUGGUUUACCCUGAUCAUGUCUCACAACCAAUGACCCUAGCAAUAUGACAGCAUUAACUGGGUAAAUAUUCUGUUAUUAGAUGUUUGUGAAUAGGGCAGCCAACAAGUGACUAAAAUGGCAUACAAUGUUGCCAGACUUAGUAUGUAUAAAUAUGUGUGUCUUAUUAAAGACUUUAAGCAAUGUUAUGUUAUAUGGCCACUGUCCAAUUUUUAUCCCUCUAACCAUGGAGUCCUAAAUUAGCAAGAGCUUCAGAGAACCUCUAUUGUUAUUUUGUUUUUUAUAUUAUGGGAGUCUAUUAUAAAUCAUAUGGUGCUAUACUGCAACAUAGACUGAAUUUCUAAAUAUAAGUGUUUCCUUUUUCAUGCAGAGCGAUUAGUGGAGAGCCUACGUUUGCCACAGGUGCCCACUUUACACUCUCAAGUGUUCCUGUUUUUUCGAUUAUUGCUUCUAAGAAUGUCUCCUCAGCACCUCACUUCCCUGUGGCCCACCAUGAUCACUGAGCUGGUUUGUUGUUUGUGUUUCUGUACCAUACAUAUUGAGAUACAUAAUCAUUUUAAAAGGAAACGCGUAACAGAAAUAUUAUAUUCUUUAACUGGUCUAAUAGUAAUUUAUGUAGUUUUCUUCUUCCAUAUGUAAUUUGCUUGUUCUGCUGGUAAUUGUAUCACUGCAGGGAGAGAGCUGAGAAUGUAUAUGUGUUAGUGAUGAUGAUAUAGCUUUCCAUAGUUUGAGCACAAGUAGUAGAGUGUGCCAUCACACCGUCUGAAUGCCCAGUAAUUUCAGGAUCGAUAGUAGCCUGCAUUUUACUUUGGUUGUUGAAGGACAAGAGAGUUGUUGGGGUUAAGAUUGCUCAUUUUAAUUUAUGCCAUUGAUUGUAUUAUAUUUGUGUUUUGUGCAAUCAAUAAUUUUAAAGCGACUCUAUUGCUUCUUGUGGGUCUUUGCACAUUUAGCAAAAGCCACCGAUGGUAACUUUGCUGCUUAGAGUGUGGUGGCCCUACUGAUGUAAGUUAUGCAUACCCGAACCUGUCCCUUACAAGCACCUACCCUUUGUUCUUUAGCUCCUUCUGCUUUAUAUGCCAGGAGCCCACAUCAGUGCUGUACUCUUGCACAUAUGCGAGAGUAGAACACAGAGUCUAUGGAGGAUCCCAUGAAACCACGCGAUAGGCAAUUGUGUCUGAUUCCCUGUGGUAUAUGAAAAAAUUAAUGGCCUAUGCUCCUAGUUUGUCUGAUAUUUUUGGACUAAAAGGUUUCAUUGAAAAUCUAACACAGUCAGCAUGAGCAAUUCAUAAAGAGUUGUUUAUAUUUAGGAAUGCUCAUAAAUAGGGUGACAGGUCUGCUUUAGUUAUGACAGAUUGUUUUAUUUCUCAUUUUUUUGUACAUUUUUACAGCACUUAAUUUAUCAUAAACAUUACUCUAAAUCUGUGUAUUAUAUUUACACUAAUAGCUACAGAUGAUUCUCAAUUUGUUUUUCUCUGAAGGUCACUUGGCAUUUUCAUAGUCUUUUUUUUCGCCUUCGAAUAAAAAAUAAUAAACAAUUAUUAUUUGUAUGAUUUUUGGAGAAAUAUACAUUUUCUUGACAUUUUCCUUUAAAAUUCUGUGCUCAAAGAAACUUUUUGAUCUUUGAUAAGUGCUUAACUUCGACUGGGUAGAAAUCCACAUUUUUGGUCCCAUAUUUUCUCAGUGGUUCCACAGUGCUUGAAAGUGGUGCAUUAUAUUAGUCUGGUUUUAGACAACUGCCCUCUAUAUGUUUACCUUAAAGGGAUACUGUAGGCACCCAGACCACAUCAGCUUAUUGAAGUGGUCUGGGUGCAAUGUCCCAUGUCCUUUAACCCUACAGUGGUAAUUACUGCAGUUUCUGAGAAACUGCAAUAAUUACCUCUGAGGGUUAACUCCUCCUCUAGUGGCUUUCUACCAGACAGCCACUAGAGGGACUCCUGUGGUCUGUUAUCUGACGCUGGAUGUCCUCACGCUAUGCUUGAGGACCUCCAGCAUUUUUCCCCACCCCCCUGCAUUAGGGGAGAUACUACGAGGCCAUUGCCGUGCAUGCGCAUUAGGUCUCCCCUGCGGGCUUAUGUCGACAGGGGAGGAGCAUGGGCGGAGCCCGACCCAGCGCCGUAGACAUCGGUGCUGAAGUCAGAUACGUUUUAAUAGUAUAUGUGGAACUGCACUCACUCCCACAAAUCUGAGCCAGGGUGCUUGCUGAGCCGGAAUCAAACACCAGAUUUCCAAACAUUAGUAAAAUAAUAGGGGUCCAGUUCAAGACAGGCACUUUAUUGAGAACCACAACAGCAACGUUUCGACCUUGACAAAGACUUUUUGGGGUCGAAACGUUGCUGUUGUGGUUCUCAGUAUAUUGCCUGUCUUGAACCAAGGAGUGCCUGGACCCCUAUUAUUUUUCUGAAGUAAGGUAAGUGACUGAAGGGGUUUUAAUGCCCUUCAGCCACGCAGAAGAGGGCACAAGGGAGGGGGGGGGUCACUGUAGGAUUCUACAGUGCCAGGAAAACGGCUUUGUUUUCCUGGCACUAUAGAAUCCCUUUAAAGUAUAUAGCACGCUCGCCAUUCUACACACAAUAAACAUCCACUGUUCCUUCAAAUUGUAAAUGGAAAGAUUUAUUUUAAAGGCAGAAAGACAUUUUUUUUUUUUCUAAUCAAGCAAUACAACCCACAGCGCUGUACAACAGUGAAACAAAACAUUCAAGUAAAUAAAGACACAUUGAAAGAAAAUGUGGCAGGUUUAUAUUCUAAAGGUUUAUGCAAAUUCACAAGUUUGAUUUAAAUGGAAAUCCAAAUCCACAAAUCUGUAAAAACUGACAAAUAAAAUAAUGUAAAAAAAAUUACAAUGAUAUUUUGAGAACUUACAGUCAGUUUAAACAUGGUUAAAGUUAAGGCCAACUCAGAUUUUAUUUUACACUGAAACCUUUGCAUUUGAAAGGUAUUUUUUGUAUCUACCAUGGUGCUUUGUCAACAGUUAUAGUCAGCCAUGUAAUGGUUAGGACAACGUUUUUAAUUUUUUUUUCUCAGGUACAAGUGUUUUUGCUGAUGGAACAGGAGCUCACUGCUGAUGAAGAUAUUACACGGUGAGAAAUAUUAGGGAACAUGACUUUACCAUUCUCUGAAAUGACCUUUUUGUAUGUGUGUACCAUGUGAAUCAUGUGCAAAUUCAUAUGUGAAUCUAGGAUGAUCACAGACAGCACUAAUAACACAAAAAGAGAGAAUAAUGACAUUCUUUUGAUCUCUCCUGACAACAGAAAAAUACAUUUUGGACACCAGAUCUAAUUUUUAGGUCACCAUGGUGACCUGGACUUAUUAAGGGCACUCCUACAUGAUUACACUUACACUCUAUAUGUUAUAUAUCAGUUAGUAAAAUAAUAUUGCUAAUGCACAAACUGCUAUCUAUUUAAGACCUUUAAAUUCAAGAUCUUGAAAAAAAUAAGUGUGUGUGUGUGUGUGUGUGUGUGUGUGUGCGCGCGCGCGCGCAUCACAGAUAUAAUCUUGUAUUUUGUAUUCAUAUCGUCAAUUUGCUAAACAUAUCAGGGAUAACAGUUCUAAUUGCCAUCCCCAUCCAAAUUGUGUCAUUUUAACAGGAUCCUACUUUGAAAGUAGAGCUGUUCAUUUCCAUCAGGUUCACUUUACAGAGUUCUUAGGGAACUCUUGGAUUCUCUGAUACAUGAUACCAUUUUAUAGUAUAAUUAUUAAAUUUAGCAUAAUGAUAUGUACUUGGUGUCCAGUGCUCUGAUAUGAGGUAUGACUGAAGCUCAUACGCAGAUUUUGGAACAUAAAUAAUAUUCCCUGUUCUUUUACAGGAUAUCGGCACCAUCUGUGGCUGGCUUGGAGACAACAUACAGUGGGGGCAAUGGUUUCUCCACAUCGUACAACAGCCAGCGCUGGCUAAACCUCUACCUGUCUGCUUGCAAAUUUCUAGACUUGGCUCUAGCAUUGCCUUCCGAGAACCUUCCUCAGUUUCAAAUGUAAGAUUAUACGUGUUCUGGAUUACCGUUUUAUCACCACCAUACAGUAGGAUUGAAACUACAAGUUUUAGAUAUUGUUUGCUAAAUAAUAACUUUGUUUAUGACUGGUAUUAAAUAUAAGAAUAGUUGGUGGUUGGCUUCACCAAAUUUUGUUACUUUAUCAUAACUGCAAAACAAGCAGAACAACACGUGCUCUGUUAGGGGGGCAGGGUUUUUUAUGGUUUGGUUGUUACAUCCAUAUCACCUAUUAUUAGGGUAUUUCACUAAAUUUCAACCAGAAACAUGAUUUACUAAUGAAAAUUCUGGUGGCAAUUUGGUCGAUCUGACUGAAUCUGUGUCAUUUGGUCAGACGCGAUCAUAUCAAGUUUAAAAUUGGUGCAUUUCUCUUUUGAACACUAUAAUCCCGAACAUUUGCAAAUUAUCGUUCACUUGCUUUUUGCUUCCCACGUAUGUUUGUUUGUUUUUUUUCCCCCAUCACCUGUUCCUUUUUUUUAUUGUGAAUGUAAAAUACAACACAGAUGUCAAGCACAGUCUCAGCUAGAGGAUAUUUUUCAUGGAAUCCCCUGUUCAUUUUAAUAAAUAGCUACAACUUGCUGACCAUGAGUGUGGACUAGUGAUGUCCUGAACGGUUCGCUGCAGACUCAUCAUUGUGUAAACUUUGACCCUGUACCUUACAGUCAGCAGACACAUUCCAGCCAAUCAGCAGCAGACCAUCCCUCCCACCUCCUGGACAGCAUCCAUUUUACAUUCAUUGUGAAGCUGCAUUCUUAGUGAGCUGUCCAGGAGGUGGGAGGGUCUGGGAGGGAGGGUCUGCUGCUGAUUGGCUGGAAUGUGUCUGCUGACUGUGAGGUACAGGGUCAAAGUUUACUCAAUGAUGAGUCCUUGGCGAACCGUUCAGGACAUCACUAGUGGGGACAGUAUUUGCUCACUGGUUACCUGCUGAAAUUCAGACCAAAUUUGGGCAUGUUUAGAGCCUGCUCUGCAAAAUCUGGCCAUUGUUAAAUAGUGUCCUGAUAUUGCAGUUCAAAUGGCUUCAUACCGCAGCAUGUAGUUUCCUUAUAUAUAAUAUAGCUGUUUGGACUUUAGUUAAUAACCCUGUAUAUAUUCCAGCACCUCAUCUUAGUGUAAGGCUGGGAAUAAAUCUUUGUUGAAACCUGUCAGGCAGCUAAGAGCUAUGUAUUUUCUGUUUCUGCUGCUGAUGGUGAUCUUUUUAUAAUAAACUGAUUUGUCCAACUUGCUCCAUGGUGAGAGAAUUCAACUAUGUGGACCUACAAGCACUGUUGCAUAAUACAGUAUAUUGUUAAAAGGAUAUAUACAUAUUGUAACAUACGGUCAACAAUAUUCCUGGAUGUGCAAAAGUUGGUCAAUCAACAUAAUAGAGUACCUGACUUAAAAAAAGGUAUCCUAGGACAGUGUUUGCGGCAGUACAAUUAAAAUAUUAAAUAUAAUUUCAUCUUCUCAAAGUGCAUGGUUUUCUCAUUGUAAGGUACCGCUGGGCAUUUAUCCCAGAAGCAUCUGAUGAUUCAGGCCUAGAGGUUCGAAGGCAAGGCACGCAUCAGAGGGAAUUCAAACCAUAUGUGGUGCGACUUGCAAAAUUACUGAGGAAAAGAGCAAAGGUAAAUAAUUUGGUUUUAUUAAAGAUAUUAUUUUAUUAUACUUGAUCUGGGGUGAAAAAUACCCAAAAAAAUGCAUAGUAAACAACAUACUAAAUAAACAAUUCUAAGUCAAAUUAAACUGCAUCCAUUUACCAAUACAAAUCUGUGCAUCUUCUUGAAGUGGUGUUAUAGUGCCUGGAGUCCCCUGGCUUGUCCCAAAGUUCAUUGUUUUUUCAAUUGGUUUUAACACUGAGGAUCCUUAGGUGUCUGCAGUCUACCCUCACUUGAGCUAUGGCACAGUAUAACAUUAGCCAUACAAACCCAUACCAGCGAUAGGCAGCACUGAUCAAUUACUGCCUCCCAUUGCUGCUCAGGCAAGUGUGGAAACAUUCAGUGCUAAAUCAUAAGUGUUAAACCGUUCGGAAAUGGAGCUGGCGACAUAACCACUUCAAUGAGAUUUAUGGAUUAUGGUGACUAUAGUAAUCUUUUUAAAUGUGUUUUCCAGAAUAACUCCUUACUUCAAUGGCUGAGGAAUACAAACAAAAAUACACUGUAUAAAGCCCUACUUAACCUUCUUUUGCUCCAAACAAUGCAGAGAAACGUUUGUGUUUUUUUGCUCCAUUUUGUGCUAAUGUGUCCCCUGCAUCUUUUAGAGGGACAGUAAGACACCAUUAAGCAUUUCUGCUUCAGUGAUAUUUCAGAAACACAAACCAGAAAGCUCUGCCCUUCCUCCUAUUGUCUCUCAGUCUAACAAAGUCUGCUAGUCUUCUGUCAGACGCCUCAUUUUUUGUUCUCUCCCUUCCCUCAUGACAGGUCCAGGGAAACCUUUCUAGCUAAGAUGUACAGCUACUGUUGUUUAUUUUGCAUUAUUGUCUUGGUAUAAACCUGUCAGAGCACCAAGCAUAGUUUAGUUUUUUAAUGUUUGCACUGACUAUCACUUAUCUCAUAUAAAUAUAAAAAUGUGCAUGAUGCUAGUAUGUCCCUUAAUGCUUCAAACGUGAAUUGUUGUGCUUGCUCAUGCUGCUGUGGCAUAGUAAGCUUGUUUGUACGCUUUCCUAUAUGCACAACCAAAAUAAAGAAUUUUAAAAAGAAAACCAGAAAGCUGCAGUCUUAUACAAAACCAAAUGUCAAGCUUCACUGUGUGCUGGAAAUAUAUGUAUAAAUAACUAAUAAUAUGCAAUUUUCUUGUAUACUAUUAGUUCUUUAUACAUAUAUUUCCAGCAAUAAUCUUGCAUAAUAAAUAGUGUGGCAUUUGUAUCUUUUCUUAAUAUAGAAAAACCCAGAAGAGGACACUUCGUGUAAAACUCUAGACUGGGACCCAGGACAUCUCUUGCUUACCAUCCCAACCAUUCGUAGCAUGGAGCAACUCCUGCCUUUUUUUAAUGUACUGAGUCACGUCUUCAACAGCAAGGUCACCAGUAGAUGUGUUGGGGAUGUGGGAAGCCCAAUAUUAUACCCAAACUCAUUACCUAACAAGGACAUCAAAUUGGAGAAUCAGAAAGUGUUUUCCAGCAAAGCACGGCAGAAAAUUGAAGAAAUGCUGGAAAGAGAUUUCCUUGAAGGGGUUUUAAAAAGUUGA